CCCGCCAUUCACUAAGCCUCACGCACCUGUCUUCGCCAAAAUGGCUGCUGCAGCGGAGCCCCGGCCGUAUUGGGAUCGCACCGAGGGGCCGAGAUGGGGGAUCAUGGGCGGCGGAUGGAGCGCCUCCCGCCCCGCUGACACAGAAGGCCUGAGCCGGUGACGUUUCUCGCCUCCCCCGGUCAUAAAAUGGUAAAUAUCCUCCACAAAAUGGCGCUGGAGCUUUUGGCGAGCGCAUGCGCAGAGUCGCGGAGCGCGCGCCGGGCCCCGCCCCCUGCGCAGCCCUUUCAGUUCGCUCUAAACUCGGCUUUAGUUCCGUUUCCAGGAAACAGAGCGACCAAUCAGGUGGCGGAGGCGGGACCCCCGUCCAGCCAAUCAGCGGCUCGCGUCCUCCAUCCGGAUCUCCUGCGUCUAAUCGCUCGCAGCCAAGGGCUGCCUUCAGCCUGGGUUGCCCAAUUGACAUUGACAGCGGAAUCGGACCAAUCGCGUGCCGUGUCCGUCUUACCUGCAUCCGGUCUGACCAAUCAGAAUCGAGCAGAGCGCGGCCAAUCAGCGAGCGGUUCUCCUCCGCCAAUAGGCUGUGGCAGAUUCGCUCCAUGGCAUGACGACGGGCCAAUCGGUGUCCGAGAAGGAUUGGUUCUGCUCAACAGCUUGUUAUUUCGUUGAUCGCUCGCAGUUCCGUGCUGCUGGGAGUUGGAGCUCUGUGUGAGUGAAACUUUUACCGGAUCGCGGCCGGGCUGUGCGCGGGGGGCGGACUGGGCAGCCCGGGGUCCGGGGGCCGCGGCUCUCCGAGCUCCUCACAGCGGGCUGCAGGCCCGGGCAGCGCUCUCUGGGGCCCCGGGGAGGGGGGAGGGCACGGGGGGACCCCAUCACUGGACGGACCCCAUCACUGGACGGACUCAGCAACUCACACCACAGACACCAUGGGGGGAGGGAGCUCUGUGACUGACUGACUGGAGGGAGCUCUGUGACUGACUGCAUGGAGGGAGGGAGCUCUGUGACUGGAGGGAGCUCUGUGACUGACUGCAUGGAGGGAGCUCUGUGACUGGAGGGAGCUCUGUGACUGACUGCAUGGAGGGAGGGAGCUCUGUGACUGACUGCAUGGAGGGAGGGAGCUCUGUGACUGACUGACUGGAGGGAGCUCUGUGACUGGAGGGAGCUCUGUGACUGACUGCAUGGGGGGAGGGAGCUCUGUGACUGACUGCAUGGAGGGAGCUCUGUGACUGGAGGGAGCUCUGUGACUGACUGCAUGGAGGGAGCUCUGUGACUGGAGGGAGCUCUGUGACUGACUGCAUGGAGGGAGCUCUGUGACUGCAUGGAGGGAGGGAGCUCUGUGACUGACUGACUGGGAGGUGACUGCUCUCUGUGACUGGAGGGAGCUCUGUGACUGACUGCAUGGAGGGAGGGAGGGAGCUCUGUGACUGACUGCAUGGAGGGAGGGAGGGAGCUCUGUGACUGACUGGAGGGAGCUCUGUGACUGACUGCAGGGAGGGAGGGAGCUCUGUGACUGACUGGAGGGAGGGAAGCUCUGUGAAGCUGCAUGGAGGGAGCUCUGGGAGCCCUGCAGUGGAUGGAGCUUUGCCCCGGUCUGACAUGGAGACACACAGAGGACAGCAAUGGCGACGUGACAUACCGCCUGCCUGGAUGGGGCUUUCCAAGCGGGAGCUGUGUCUGCCUGUCCCUUCCUGGCUGCUCAGCCCGGCAUCAUGACAUCCUCCCUGCCUGGGCCUUACAGCAAGUCACCCCAAUACUGCAGGGCCGGGGGCCCCUCUGCCAGCACCCUCAUGGCUUGUUACUGGGGAUCUCAGGCCCCCAUGGCUGCCUUGUAGUGCUGGUGUUAACAGACUCCCCCCAUCCCAUGGCUGCCUUGUAGUGCUGUGUGUUAGCUGACUCCAUCCUAUCCCAUGGCAGCCUUGUAGUGCUGGGUGUAAGCUGACUCCCCCAUCCCAUGGCAGCCUUGUAGUGCUGUGUGUUAGCUGACUAUCUCCAUCCCAUGGCUGCCUUGUAGUGCUGUGUGUUAGCUGACUAUCUCCAUCCCAUGGCUGCCUUGUAGUGCUGUGUGUUAGCUGACUAUCCCCAUCCCAUGGCUGCCUUGUAGUGCUGUGUGUUAGCUGACUCACCCCAUCCCAUGGCUGCCUUGUAGUGAUGUGUGUUAGCUGACUCACCCCAUCCCAUGGCUGCCUUGUAGUGAUGUGUGUUCGCUGACUCACCCCAUCCUAUCCCAUGGCAGCCUUGUAGUGCUGGGUGUUAGCUGACUCCCCCCGCCCCCAUCUCAUCCCAUGGCUGCCUUGUAGUGCUGUGUGUUAGCUGACUAUCCCCAUCCAAUGGCUGCCUUGUAGUGCUGGGUGUUAGCUGACUCCCCCCCCAUCUCAUCCCAUGGCUGCCUUGUAGUGCUGUGUGUUAGCUGACUACCUCCAUCCAAUGGCUGCCUUGUAGUGCUGUGUGUUAGCUGACUCUGCACCACCAGCUUUUGUUGACUAAGAAAGGCUGACUGAGCAUCACAAUUGUCAUGGAUUCAAAGUGAGUUUCGAAAUGUAGGUCAAAAGAGACAAACUGAAAACAUAGCUGGAUAUUUUUCCCAGUUUGACUAUUUUGGCCUAAAAUUUGAACUGCACUUUACAUUCCCCAACCGUUCACCCUGUCUGUCAACAAUGGUGGGAGUGCUAGAGGUUUCUAAAUCAUAGAACGGUAUAAGCAGUGACUCCCUAACUCCAUACUGAUCUGUGUCUUUAUAUCGUGCUUUUAUUCUUUAAAAUGACUCCACGCAGAAUAAUGCAAUGCCGCCUGAAUUAGCAAGUCUGGCAGGCGAUACAUUGAUGUGGUUUAUCUGUUGGGGCAGAGAUAUGUACUAAAAUAAUUCCAUAUUGAUAUGUAAUUCAGUGUGGGCUGCAGUUCUGCUCCGAUCCUUAUUUCUAUAUAUUUUGUUUUUUCCUGCCUUUGGUGAAUAUAGUUGCUGUGAAGACAAAUCUUCGCGCUGGAAUCCCUCAAAUAACCUUCGAAGAUGAAGGUAAGUGUUUUAAUACGAGAUGCUUUCGAACAUUUUCCUUAUUGUGUGCAUUUUGGUAAAGUAAUCGUAGCAUUGUGCCAUGUUACACUGCAGAUGUCUGUGUUUUAUCGGCUGGUAUGCUUUGCUUGUAAAACGUAUUCAUGUUUGUAUCUCCGACACACACAAGUCUUCUCUGUUUGUUUUUUAUUUGCCACAAACAAGAAAACUUGACAGCUAGUCUUUUCUCUUUUUAACGCAAUCAGUGUUUGUCACGUCCAAGCGUAUUGGCGUGUCAUUCAUAUUAACCUGCACAUGUAUUCUUUUUAUAAUGGGUUUUCGAGCUAGGACAGUUUACGUUGCACUCCUCCCUUAAUGCCUAAUUUGUCAGUGCAUUAUCUUACAUGUGCUAUGCAUGCAGCAAAGUGAUUAAAUGUCAAAGCUUUGCAUUUUGUUUUAGUCAGUUUCAUUUCAAGUACUUUACUUCUCAAAUCUAACAAUGCCCACUAUUUAUUUAGAAUUUCCACUCAUGCAUUUGUAAGUAUAGUAUACACCGGGCUAGAAAAUUGCUAAAUUCUGAAAAACCUAUCUAGUAUAACAUUAUACACUUUGAUAACCGCAUUUGCAGAAUUAUUGUGUUUGUGCCAUUCUUACACUAAAUUCUAUCUGUACCCGUGCAGUUAGGUUAACAUGUGUCGCAAUAACCACCUAUCUAUAGGCAUGAAAAGCGUAUAUAGUUGUGUUUUAAAGGGCCCAGUCAUAUUUUAAGGCAGCUUUAAUGACGUGUUUGCAGAUUUAUUGCCUUCCUGUUCGUUUCCUCCUAGUUCUGCUUGACUCCUCAAUUUGGAUGUUUUUAAUUUACAACAUAUUUCAUUACUUCAGUCUUUAGGAAAUCGUAUAGAAGGCGACUUAAAUGUGUUAAAAUAUUGCACGUAGCAUAAUGAGUGUAAGGACCGAUAAGGAAAGGUUUAGCUGCUAAAAAUCUUCUAGACUGCAAAACUUUUUUUUUAAUUUUAUUUUCUCGAGUAGGUUAAAAUGAGCUGUGGCUGUACGUUGAGUAUAAUACGGCGCUGUUUAAAUAGCACGGAUGUGUGUUGUUGUUUUUUUUGUGCUAGUUGGGCCAUUCUUUCUUUAAGACUUUAUUAACAUCCUCUGCUUGGUUCUGUUAGGAAAUAAACAGCCUCUUUGUUACUCCAUAAUCUGUGCAUGUGUUUGGUACACGACCUGAAUGGUUUAAUAAGGACAUACAUACUAAUCUGUUUGUGAAAAGCAUCAUGGUUAAACAUAUACAAUCUCAAUAUGACUCCGAUAUGAGGGUUCUUAUUAUAUAGUGUGGAGGUAUUCUCCUCUGUUGUACGCUUUGUACGUUACAUAUAUUCGUGCGACAUGCUGCUACAUCACUUUGUUUAUUUUGGUUUGUUUCUGCUUCCUCUUAUCUGGAAAUAUGCCUUGUAGACCACAUAUGUAUGUUCGUGUCUGUAAGUCAGAUCAUAUGUCCGAUCCCGUGUUACACUGUCAGGGAUUACUAACAAGACAAAGUGAAUUUCAGAUUUAAGCUCGAACUAGCUGAAUUGGGGGGGGGGAAUCUCUAAGCCAGCUGUGCCUCUGAUUCAGCUACUUUGGUCUAAAAUUUGAAAUUCCUUUUGACAGCGCAGCUGAUAACUGCAUAGUGCUGAGUUCUCUUAUCUCUGAACAGCAUCCGGACUUGCAUGUCCUAGUUUGCCUGAUAUUAAUGGGAGUAAUACUGCAUGGCAGCAGCUUCUAUUUGCAGCUGCCACAAGUUAUUUUGUCCCUCACCUGAAACUGGUAUGCUUCUUCAGAGACCGUCUUUCCGGGUCUUAUCCAGGCAUAUUAUUUAAGGGGAAAAAAGAUCUGAUCUGAGAACAAGCAGCCAAACGCAGCAUUUGCUACCAGGCAGUGUAAUUUCUGUCAAAUCAGGCAUAUUGGACAAUCCUAGCUGGGAGCCUUAAAUUACUUUAAACCUACUCCUUACCUUGAUUAUAAAAAAACUGCAAUAUUAGAUAUAUAAUGGUACACAGCAUGUACUUGAGAAAAUUCAUGCGCAAAAAAAGUUACUGAAAUUUUUAUGCUCAAACUCAUUUAUCACUAAAUUGAGAAUUUUUAAAUUCGUCCAAAAUGUAAAGACUGGGAACGUGUAUUAAUGCACUGCAAACUCUGCUCACUAUCUGUAUAUAAAUUCCUUCGUGGUUGCUGUUUGGGACCGCACAUUACCAUCUACCUGAAUCACAAUUUUAAUAUUUCCGCAGUGCCAGUGUUGAGGUGAUCUACUGGAUUUUGCAAUGCUUGCUAUUUAAGUUAAUGUCAUACAGCACAUUGUUAAGCUCAUCAUUUUGUGAUAGAGGGUUUCUUAUUCCUAGUUCUUACAUUGUAUAUCUUCCUGUUUGCUGAGCUACGACUUGAUAGACCUGAUAGUGGUACAGCUGACACCCACUCCUAUCUCCCUAUCCCAGUCGUCAUAUGUUUGUAUUAUGACCAGUCACUAACGUCUCCCCACCUUCUUUAUUCUUCCAAAAUAUUAUGUUGGUAUGGGUGCACAAUUUACUACCUGCAUAGAUUGGUUAAAUAUACAAAGAAAAGUAUGUAUGUAUGUGUGUGUAUAUGUAUGUGUAUAUAUAAUAUAUAUAUAAUCAAACAAUGCAGGCGGAAUAUUUUUAAUUAUCUCUUUCGUUUUCUCUUGCUGUGCUAUUAACGGUCUCCUGAUUGUCUCUUUAGGCAGCGGAUGAGCCUGCCUACCUAACAGUGGGAACCGAUGUGAGCGCCAAGUACCGGGGAGCCUUCUGUGAGGCAAAGAUCAAGACCGUGAAGCGGCUGGUGAAAGUCAAGGUACAUGGAGUUUUUUUUUUACUGUAUGUAUUGGGGCUGAUGUGCACUGUGGUCGUUGCUGCCGCCCAAGAGUAGUGGGAGUUUGAGCACAGGGCCUGUUUUUUUGUACAUGGAGUAUUUUGCAUCAAUCUAGAAUGAAUUCUGUUAGUGUCUCGCUUGUUCCUCUUAAACCUUCCACCAAUAGUCAAUAGGCUUGUUACUGUUUGAUAUAGCACAGUAUAUUCCACAUAGCUUGGUAUGACUAAAGGGCAUAGAAAAGUAUAUCUACUUUUUAUAGGUAGAAAAUUAAUGUUUUGAACUUCCUGUCACCAGGUUUAUACCGUCAAGUAUAAACUUAGUUCAAAACAUUAAUUUUCUACCUAUAAAAAGUUGAUAUACUUUUCUAUGCCCUUUACUCAUAUCAAGCUGUGUGGAACACCACAACAGCCACAAUCUGAUCAAAACAUUCAUUCUGGUACACUCCAUAUAAUAUGGUGUGUUACUGUUUGAUAUAAUAUGGUGUGUACCAGAAUGUGCCUGUUGUGGUGCUUGUUUGCAUUAGUGGAUAGACAUGCAAGUCUCUUGUGGAUUGGAUUGAAAUGGAUUCCUUGGGGGUAUUUUGAAGAUGGUGCAGGCGGGAGUCCAGCAGUCCCAUGGUAGUACAUUCUAGGGAUUUUGGUCAGAGUAAGAGAAAUAUAAAGCCUUAUAGAUGGUAACUGGAUAAGGGCAGGGAUGUAGAAAGGCACAGAGUCAUGGAGGGCUUUGUACACAUAGAUAGAGUUUAAAUGGGGUUGAUUCAAUGGCAAGCCAGUUUAGGGCUUUGCAGGUUGAAAAAUAUAUGGGGAGCUCAGUUCACUGUUUAGUGAACCACAUAUGGCACACACAUGGAGAGAAAGCCUCAUAUGCAUAUAUAGUGGCAAAAUUAAUCCAGGCACCCAAGAACAAAGUGGACUGCUUGAUUGCCAAUCCUGGUGGGCUAUCUUUAGUGGCAAUCAGUUUGGCAAACCAUUGCUGCUAUAAGGCAAAGUGCAUUUCUGCUUAAAUUGGCCCUUUAGACUAUAUAUGCCCAGUAUUGUGAUCCUUCUAACCAAAUUUGCUACUUUAGGACUUAAUGUAAGCUCUCUGACCACAUCAUUGAUUUGAAGUGGUUGUGGCGCAAACCAUCUGUAUGUGCAAUGUUUCGGUUUGAAAAGCCACACACACAGAUAUCAGACGACGCUGCCAGAUUUGUAAGUCCACAAAUCUGAUAAUGAAAAAACUCUGUAUAAAAUACCGGCGCGGUUUUUUUUUUUUUUAAGAUUUGGGGGGAGGGCACAGCAGCAGCAAGUUUGAUUCUAACCGUAAAAAAAACUGUGUUUUUUUUUUUAUUAAAAAAAGUUUUUUUUGGUUGGAGUAAAAUCUUAGCCUAAAAUCUAGAAACUUGUUCUAAAACAUAACCAACUUUCUUAUAAGUUCUAAUAGUAUUUGCUUAUGUGAAGAUGUAAGGGGACAUUUAAUGAGAGAGGGCAAAUUUGGACUGAUUUUACUGUGAUUUUCUUGUGAUCUAUAUAUAGGGAUUAAUGGAAAACAAAAACCUGUCCCAUAGGGUUUAUAUAGUCAGUUCAUGAAAAUACCCAUUACUUACAAAUGGUUCCACAAUCUGUCUUUCUACUGCUGCUGAACGCCGGAAGUUUAUGGGAUAAAGACAGGCUUUCCAGUGAAGGCCAGAGAGAGGAAGUAUCUUUUUGCACAAUGGAUAUCUGCAUAUAUAUAUAUAAUUUUCCAUGAACCCCUGUACGUGGUCGCCUCUUAUAGGAACUGGAAGGUGGGGGCACGCUAGGAGGAGAGUUUUAGGUAAAUUUCUCUUUCUCCCCCUUGGUCCAGGCUCUAACAUUUAAGUGAAUAUGUCACUUAGGAUUUUAUUUUCCCAAAAAAUGCACCACAAGUACUGGUACCACUUUAUAGAAACUGUUGCUUAACAUUAUUAUGCACAUUUGGAAGGAAAGGAACCUUCACCUGGUUUUGAUUGGUAUAGCGGUAAUACUCAAAUCAUUUCUUAAUUAAACUAUGGUAAAUUUAAUGAUACUUGUCUUUUCCUAAAACACCACUGCUGGUAGUUUGCAGACCAGUCUUUCGAUGCCUGUUAGUGUGUUGUUUUUUUUGUUUUGUUUUUCCAAAGUCAUUUUUGUUUUACAUGCUCCUUGUGUUCAGCAGUUUACCAAUUGAAAGGCAGCUAAUUUGUACAUGUGAUUGUUUGCAGGUUACCUUGAAGCAGGAUAACUCUACGCAGUUGCUGCAAGAUGACCAGGUCAAAGGGCCAUUAAGGGUAAGUGUGCGUUUUUUUGGGAAAUUGAGAUAGGUCAGUGAUAGCUAACCUUUGGUACUCUGGAACUAUGGCUUAGCUUGCCAAAGCAACAGGGCCCAGUAUAGAGGGAGUAUCAAGAAUUAUCCAUAACUUUGAUAGAUUUACAUGGACUGUGUUAUUGUCCUUUGGCAUCCUGUCUCUGUUAUGGGUAGCAGAAUGCGGUGAGAGAUAUCGAUAGUAAGGAUUGUUUAUUCUUUGACAUAGAAGCAAUGUAUCGGUACAGUCCUUUUGUAGUCUCUUUCUUCUGACAUACACUAAGUGGAAUACGCUCAUUUAAGAUGAAGUCUGUGAGUCACACACAGCAUCACCCACUCCUGUACACCCAACUAUCAGCUACUGCUCUCAUGGGGAGCGAGAAUAAAAGAAAUGCUUAUAGCUGGCAUUUAGAGCAAAAUGCAGAAUUAGAUUUAUUGACCUUUUAUUUUUAAAGAAAGCCUCAAUUACAACUUGGUUUAAUGUGUAACUUUCGCAAGUAGUCCUGCUCCUAUAGUGUCCCCGUAUCUUUCCCUUAGCUGUGUCAUAGGGUAAAUGAAGGAAGCCGAACACUUAUUAACCCUUCAUGUAUACAGUGUAGUUCAUAAAUAUGACAGAUGUACGUCAUUUCUAAACAUACGUCACGUCGUCUGGCGAGGUUUUAAAAAGCUUUUCAGCACAUGGUAACUCCUACACAUUUGGAAAUAUUACAAACACUUUCAUUUUUAUAAUCAUUGGCUUGACAAAACCUUGGAGCCAGGAAAACAUCACUCCUAAAAUAGUCACUGCUGGUUUUCUGUUUAUAUAGAAUCCUAUGAAUGCUCAUAACUUGUGAAUGAAAUCUAGUUGGGUGUAUAUAGGUAUAUCUCCACAAUUCUGAGUUUUAAUCCUCUGAAUAUCUCAAACCGCUAUACAGUGAUAAAGCUUGUAUUGUGGUGAUUUGAGUUCCAUUUUUUUGAAGUUAAUAUUUUACUGUUAUUUUUUUUACUUUUAUUUAAAUGGUGAGAGCCCUACUAAUGUUUGCGUGAGUGAAACAAAAUCCAUUUAAUGGAACUGUUGUUAUAUCUAAUGCUUCAGAACACUGCCAACCUUCUCAAUUUGACACCAAGUCUGCUAGUACUGACAUAUGACACUGCGGUCAUUCCAUAAAAUUGUUUAUCACGAUUCUCAAUACAUUUCCUGAUUGGUGAAUGGAUAUUUGGGUAUUAUAUUUUGCAAAUGCCACAGUGUUCUGUAAUAAGUAAAGCUGGUUUAUCAGCACAGACUAGGCACUACUUGACCUUUUUAACUUGAUUAUUUCUGUCUGCAUUAAUUAUAGUAGCAAAUGCAAUAUGGUUUGAUAUAAAGCUGUGAUUUCCUAAAAAAAUAAAUAAAAAACUGAUUAAUUUCAGAGUGUUAUGGUUACGGGUAUUUUAUUUGUAAAAUAGUUUUAAUGGAAAGUGGUAGAUUAUUGUGACAAAGUCUUUAAACAUUGAAAGUUUUGGGGGUAAUGGAUUAGUGGAAACUCCUGGAUGUGUAUCUGAAUUGUCUUUGGGUGUUUAUAGGUUGGAGCAACAGUUGAAAUGAAAGCACCCGAUGGGUCUCCGCAGGAAGCAAUUAUAAGUAAACUGACUGAUGCGAGCUGGUACACUGUGGGUGAGUAGCAAUCUUUUAAUAAAACUUGUUGCUUUACUGACAGCAGAAUGUGCAGUGUAGAUCUAAUGCAAGUUUACCAAUAGCCAGAUAGAAUGGAUUGCUGGCUUUAACAGUGAGACGUCUAAAAAUGGAGCAAACCUCGUGGGGGAGCAACGGACAGCUGUACAUCCACACGUGGCUGUUUGGAGCAGUCCCCCUGGUAGAGGCUGGAUGAUGCUCUCAAACAUUAAGUGGGUUUGACUGUUACACAGCUGGGGAUUAGGCAUGUCUAAGUAUAGCUAGUUUGUAUGUGCAGAUUUAUUUAUUGCACAUACUAUUUCUAUUUUUUUUAUUUAUUUUUUUAUAUAUAUCUUUAUAUUAAAGCAGUUCUGCCAUUUUGGGAUGCUUUACAUGUUUUGAAAAAACCUGCAACGCUGACAUGCCCGUUUGAUGUGCGGCAUCACAUGGCAGCAGCUAACUGGAGAUUAUCCUCAGUGGGAACUUCAGCAUCUUCCACCUGCUUUAGAUUACAACACAGUUUUAUGGAAGAUCCCUUGAGACCACAAGAUCCUCUAUAGAACUACUUGGCCACAGUUGUCACCAACAACAGCUGGUGGAAAUUAACUAAAGUUUACUGAGGAAGCUCCACCUGGUGUCACCUUUGGCUUUACCCAUAAGGCUAAGUAACCGCUACUUCGUUUUGUAUCUGUUUAUUGUGUUGAAAUUUUAGUGAAAUUCCAGCACUGUCAAAAUGGGUGCUUUAUCAGCAUGAAGUAGUGGCAGACAGAGCAGCUUUAAGUACAGACUGGAAGUUAGGGUGUUUAGUUUCUCCUUAUUUUUCCCCCUCUGGUCUGCUGUAUUUUUUUAUUUUUUGGGGGUAAGAUUUUUACUUGUUUGUAAAUUAAUAAAAACUUGUCUUUAUAUUACUUGUUAUGAUUCAUGUGUCCCUUGGGCAUGCAUUAUUAACCAUAGCCUGGCUGUUUAUAUUGCUGCCGCUAUAUGUAAAAUAGGCCCAAAACAAGGCACCUAUUAAAAGGCAUCUCCUUGCUGUCAUUCAUUCAUGUCAUUGAAGUCGAGCAUUGGUUGACCCUGGGACCCCUCAGGUUAAAUAUGUAUCUGCAGUAAAUUGACUGAAUCAAUUUUUCCUGCUUUUUGAAAUAGUCCAGAUUCUCUUCUUCUUUUGUUUAGGGAACUUGCGCACUGGUGUUCUUGAAGUUUAGAUAACAUUUUUGUGUUUCAUUUUAAAGAAUAUAUUUUUGUAGCUCAACCCCUCUUCCAGAGCAAAUCACGUGAAUCUGAUGGCAUUUGUCGUGGUGUAUAAGCAUUUUAGUAUUUUGAGGAAAUUUCUUAUAUGAUGUUUGGAUUUAAAGAACCGUUAGGGUCACUACAUUUAUGCCACGGUUGGGAUUUUGUUGCUAGCGCGUUCCUUGACUAUAUACUUGAGAUUAAUUGCAUGGAUGCUCCAUAAUUGUUGUUUUUGGCUUUAAUUUCUUGACAGGUGAAAUGUGUGUGUGUGUGUGUAUGAUAAUCUCAUAAGCACCGCUUACAUGCUCUGAUACCCUUAGCUAAUGAGUGUCAUCUGAAUAUGGCCAAAAUUAUCAUUGCUAAUGUGGACAAGUAAAUGGGUGACGUGCCAGGAUGUGUCAAACUUGUGUUUGCUUGUAUCAAACUUUUUAACGGUUUGCACAGAACCAAGAAAUCAUGUCAGUAGCUCACUAGUACCAUAACCACAAUGGCUAUGGUGCUCAGACUGCCUCUUCAAAUAAUACCAGCCGCUAACUUAAAAGUAAGGCGGAGUGUUUGUGCACAUUAAUUUUCACUUCUGUGACAUUAGUUGCAGCAAUCUGCGUGUUUGUUUUCUAAAGACAAUUUUCUUUCAAAGAUAGUUUGUUUGUAAAAUUUUACCUUCGGAGAGUUACUUGUAAAGGUAUAGAUAGAAGUAGAUGGAUUCUUGCACCUGCUGAGCCACAUGAUUCUGCUAACCUAGGAAGGGUGUACGUAUAUAAUGUCCAAAUCAUUAUUAAUAAAGCUCAAACAUAGUCCACAUUGUUGUACAGAGGGUAAACAAAACAUAACACGCAAUUGGGACAAGACAUGUCUUUUUUUUUUUUUUUUCUUGGUACAGUAUGCUCUCUCAAGCUCAUCUCUCCAAAUUGAAAAGAAUCCUGUAGAUAUGUGGAAAAUUCUAUGUCCUCAAAUGUUCAACUUAAAAACAUAAAUUAUGAAAAAUACAGUGUAGUGUGAUUAUUGCUGAGUGGCACAGAAUGAAAAAUCCUCCAGAUUAUGUGCGAGUUUAUUUUUGGAUUUUCAUGUGAGAGGCCCCCAGUGGGUGUCACAAAUAUUACUUAUCAAGAGAGUGUGCAGUUUAAUAACCUUUAUUACAUUGAGUAUGUUACACAAACCUUUGAAGGAUUAUGCAUUUUCUAUGGGCAAAUUGUGCCAUGGACGAGUUUGUGUGAAGGUUUUUUGUUCUCCCCCCUCCUUCUUUCUUUCUGUAAAUAGAAACUCGAAGCACGAUAACCAGUACAACUCAUUGUAGUGUUUAUACUAUAGUCUUUGGAUGCUUCCCCUUCCUCAUGCUGUUUGACAGCAAAACAGACCUGCCCUCCCUCUGCGUUCACUUGUAAUCCGCUAAAUUGAUCAUCCACCUUAUCUGUCAAUAGUUGGUAGUAGCUAUGGUUGGUGAGCGCUGGACUUCUCUGCACAAUAACCCUUACCUGGUUAUGGUGUUUAAAGUUUGUUUUUUACUUUGCUUCUAUAGAUAGUAUUUUUGUAAUUGAAAGAAACAACUACUUAGAUAUUAAUCUAGCUAAUAAAGUUUAUUGCAAGGAAUCCUACCAGUUCACCAUGUGAAUUUUAAUAAUUGUUUCCUUUUCUGUUCUUGCUGUUUUCAGGUUAUUUUUAAACACUUGCAGUUUAAUCCUCCUCUUGCAUUGGAAGUUAAGAUUAUUUUAAGAUAUUUUUUAUUUCCAAAACGAUGAAAGCCUUUGUAUACCCAUGCGACAUUUCUGCACUUUCCAGAAGUCACUCAUUUGAAAUAUUAGACAUUAUCGCUUGUGCUUUUAUUAAUAUGAAAUAUUUUGGGUUAUUGCAGUUUUUGAUGAUGGCGAUGAAAGGACUUUAAGGCGGACAUCGCUGUGUUUGAAAGGGGAAAGGCAUUUUGCAGAAAGCGAGGUAAUUAUUUAUACUAUAUGACUUCUAAAAUCUACUGUAAGUUGGCAUUAAGUCAAGACAUCGGCUCUGAUUUUUCUUUUCACGUAGACAUUGGAUCAACUCCCACUAACAAACCCUGAGCAUUUUGGCACCCCAGUUAUUGGAAAGAAAUCAAACCGAGGAAGGAGAUCAUCUCUCCCAAUGUAAGUAAUAGAUUACAUAUAUAAUGCUAACUGUAUUUUACUCCCAUAUCAUGGAGAAUAUAUUAUUCACUUGGGUUUUUUUUCAGGCUGUCAUGCCUUAACAAAGACAAAUAAUUCCAACAAAACACAUUUAACAUAUGAGAACAGCUGUGAAAAGGGCCCUGCCCAAACAAGCUUACAGUCUAAAUGGACGAAGGGCAUACGCAGAAGGAAGUGGGGGAAUCAGAUGAUCUGUAUAUACCUGAAAGAGGGGAGGGCUGUUUGGGAGGAAGGAGCACAUUGGGUGGGAGAAUGUAGAGUCAUGAGGAGUUUGGGGCGAGCUGAUGGGCUUUUCUAAAGAAGAGCGUUUCAAAGAAUUUUUCAAAGUCUGCAGAGACGUGGGGAGUCUCGUGUGGUGCGGAAGGGCAUUCCGUAAGGAGCGAGCAGUCCUGUAGACGUCCUGCAGGCAAGAGUCUGGGGAGCGAGUACAAGAACGGGACAGUAACAGUUCUUCAGCUGAAUGAAGAGGCCGGACUUGACCGUAUCUGCUAACGAAGAAGGAGAUAUAAGCAGGGACACAGUUAUGGAGAGCCUUGUAGGUAAGGGUAAGUGAAAGGACUUAUGGAGAGAGAGAGAGAGGGUGACAAUACGAGGAUGAGAUGGAGGGUUUGAGUGACAAAAAGGGAAUCGUAGGGAAAAUAACACAGAUUAGAAUAGUGCAGGAGGAUGCAUCAAAACAGUGGGAAGGAUGAAAUAGAAAAUGAACUCACAAAAUAAUUCUUUGUCUAGGCGCUAAUAAGAGCUAAUCAAAAUGCACUCCAGGCUGAAACGCACUCCUAUCUUUGUAGAUCUGUUAAAAAUGUGCAAAAUAAUUAAAAACCCUAAUCCUCUUUUGUCGGGUUGCAUUUGUUGAGUGUCCUGCUUUUGCAUUGAGUUUGUCAAAUAAGAAACCUCUUCCUGUUAACAGAACACAGCAGGGAUGUAUGGAAUAUGAUGACACUCUGCAGUGAUUCCUUGAUUGCAUGUGUUCAGUGGAAUUGUUGCCUAAGCUGAUUGCAGAUGCAAUGGGUUUGUCGACAACCCCAUCUCCGUUUUGUGAGUUGAGCUGUCAUACGAAACUAUUUCAGGCUCCUUCAGUAAAAGCUGUGAAGGAGUCUGACAACUAAAUUGUAUAGCUUGAGUGCUGUGCAAAUAUUUGGAUGAGCAGAAGUGUCUCAAGGCAUUAACCCCUUAAGGACACAUGACUUAUACCGCUGCAGUUAUCGGCCAAUUUUUGCAGCAAGAAAGAGACAAGGAACCUCCUACUGCCAUUCCCUGAUCAAGGAGCAUAACUUAUGUUGAAUUCCAUGACACAAAGUGCAAAAUUGUAGAAAAAUAAUUUUAACUAAAUGCUGUCUUUCUUUCUUUAUAAUAUUAAAAGAAGCAAGUAGAAAGGGUUUAAACAGAUUAGAAAUUUAAGAUGAAGAUAGACUUGCUAUGGUACCUUAUCUGGACAGGUGAGAGAGGAAGCUUACUUGAAUCCACUUUAAAUAUAUAGCUGAACUAUUAAUGCGGUUUAAUUAAGGGACACUAUAGUCACCAUAACGACUUUAGAUUAAUAAAGCAGUUGUGGGGUAUAAACCAUGCCAUUGGCGUUUUACUGCUCUGUUAUCUGCCAUUUAGGUGUUAAAUUACAUUUGUUUUUGUUCAUGCAGCCCUAGCCACACCUCCCCUGGCUUUGACUGACACAUCCUGCAUGGAAAAUAAAAUGGUUUCACUUUCAAUCAGAUGUAAUGAACUCCAAAUGUUUUUAUCUCUUGCUUUGUUUUAAAUAGGCUUUGAUUCUGUUUGUAACAAUAGUACUGACAUAUAGUAAACCUUGCCCACCCAGAGGUUUAGUAUGCCAAUUUAUGAUAAACUAGUAAGUACCUUCGCAGAGGCCUGGUAUUGUAUCACAAUAUGUCAUGUGCAUAUGGGUUCUGAUCUGGGCGUUUGCAUUACAGGCUACCUGGUGUAGCCGGCGUAGGAUAUUUGUUAAUUAAGAUAUAUGUAUCUUGUUUGGUGUUGCUUGGAUUGUUCGGUUACUGAUGGUGCGCAAUUGGUUGUGUAGAGGCUGGGCAUGUUACUUAGCGUGUGGUGUGCGAGUGCCUACAUAUUGACCAGGUUUAUGUUUUCCGUGUUCUGUCUGUUGUCCACCUCUGUGUAGGCGGCUAAGCUGGUGAGACGUUUAUGCAAUUGCAUAAUGUUGUGUGGGUGGCCCCUCUGUGUAUAAUCGGGUCGUGUUGGGUGUAUGUUUCUCUGUGUUGUUGGUGUUGGAUAACGUAUAAUGUGGUAGUUGAAUGGCUAUAGAUCUCUGUAGGUUCUGUGUGUAUCGUGGUGUGCGUCCCCCAUCGGGUGUGGUCAUGGGUUGCGAUGUCGGAAACGUCUGUUGCGGUUCCUAGCGUCUUAGUGUGUGUUUUAUGUGGGUCUGUGUGCGUGCCUCAAUCAUAUGGACCAUAUUUGUCAGAGAGCUCGGUUCAGAUUCUAAUGUCUGGGUGUCUGUGUGUGUGUCCCAUUUUGGGUGUGUUCGUGUGUGUGUGUGAGGGUCAGGCAUUCGGGAAAAGGGAGGGGGUGGAAAACAGAAAAGAGCGGGGAAGAGAGGGAUGUGGAAGGGGGUUAGAAGAGAGAGUCCCUUGUCUGCUCCUCUCUAAGUUCUGGUGCAUUCAGGAGGCACACAAAGUCAUCUGAGGUGACAUAUCUCAGCCAUUAGAACCAUUUCUUCGUGUAUUUUUCUUUUGCCUUCGCUGUGGUUGCAUUCAAGUCUUCAAAUUUCCGGAUGUUCUCCACCUCCUCCACCCAUCGUCUGAGUGGUGGGGGUGCGUUAUCUCUUGCUAUGUAUAUUUAACUUUAAUCACACACAUGAGGUUCAUGCAGCGUAUAGCAAGCUAUUUACAGAGCAGGAGAUAAUAAUAAAGUAUAAAUUAAACAGAAUUUGCAAUAAAGGAAGUAUAAACAUUAGAUGGCUCUUUACAGGAAGUGUUUGGGAAGGUUGUGCAAGUCACAUGCCGGGAGGUAUGUCUAGGGCUGCAUAAACAAAGUGAUUUAACUCCUGAAUGGCAGAUAAUUGAGCAGUGAGACUGCAGGGACAUGAUCUAUACACCAAAACGGCUUCUAUAAGCUAAAGUUGUUGUUUUGGUGACUAUAGUGUCACUUAUUCACUUGAUGCAUAUAUGAUUGUGUGACCCAGUCACCAUAUCAGCAUAACUUCCUGCUGAUGGAAAGAUUAAAAGAUCUAGAGAGAAUCCGAAAUCUUCUGUUUGCUACUAGUAUGAUGACAUCAAUGUAACCCCAUCGUGUCAUGUUUUCUUUGGUCUACCUGUCAUACUGAUAUGGCAUUAGCCAUAUUACCCCUUAGUCAGUACAACACUGCUACCACAUGAUUCUCCAUUGGCAAAGUGUUUGUUUAUGUAUUCUUUUCACAUGUUGCUAAUGACCUCUGACAAAUAACCUUGAGAUGAAAGAGAGGCUUUUAUCCUUAACAAUACAUCCUCUGCUUGGCACAAGAAUUACAUGGGAAUUUUUAGUUGAGGUUGGUUAACUGAACUGCUAAUCAUGAAUUAUUUACUAAGUAAUUGCAGAUUGUAGCCAAGUUGGAGCAUGGGUGUAGGAUGUGGAGUAUUGGCAGGGAGGACAGAUCCCCAAAUUUGGGCAGGAUGUAAGUGAACAGAUCCCAUUCACGAUGGCCUAGCUGUUAAGAAUGGGGUGAAAUGUUUUAAAGUAUCUGUCUCCGUCUAGAACGGUUGGAGGAUUGUGUUAAAAAAUGGAUUUAUGUAACAUUUUUCCUAGCAAUACCAUCUCUGUCCUCUUACAAAUCCUGUGUUUGAUUUUAAAAGUUUUAAAACACGGUGACAGAAAAGUGAAGUAUGGGUUAAAUAUUGUGGUUAUAUUUAAUAAUUAAAUAUUAUUAUUAUUAUUAUAAUGUUCUCCCAGAGAGCAGUGUAUGAGAAUGGAAGAAAGGCAGGUCCAAAGCACCAUUUACACCAGUGCCAGCCACUAUUUAAUUACAGUUACCAUGACAAUUACUCCCCUGUCUGCUGUAACCUAUUAUAUUGGGAGUAAUUAUAGAAGCAUUUACAGAUACCCUUCUAAUUGGUUCCUUUGAGCAAGAAGUGCUGUCAUUUCACUUUUUUGGGCUUUUUUAUUUCUCCUCCAAAGCCACAAAGCUAUUUUUGUUUUCUUGCAUUUUUAAACAUACAGAAGGGAAAUCAGAAUCUAAUAGAAGUUUGAAGAUUGCUGCAAUGAAGGAAAAAGUGGAAUAAUUCAACACACAAAAAAAGUGUUUUGAAUGAGUAAUGGUGCAAUCUCUAACACGAAGGGUUUUGCUGGUCAUGUUGUUACCUAUACCAUCUGUAUAAAGAUCUACAUGGGCUCUAUACCUGACACCUAUUUGGGGCACAUUUGUAACAUUUUAUGAUUACACAGGGAUUUAUUUCUGGCAGAAGGAAUUUGAUGUAUCAGUGCGGUAACGAAUAGUGUGCCAAAUGACCAGGUUUCUAUUGGUAAAAUGUAUAUAUCCGACCCAUGAAGUAAAAUCCCCAAAAAGGGGUUUGUACUCCUCCAUUUGUAACUACUUAAAAGUCUUUCAUUCAUUUUUCUUUUUUUCUUCUUACCUUUUAGGACUGAAGAUGAAAAAGAGGAGGAGAGCAGUGAGGAGGAAGAUGAUGAUCUGAAACGCUUAGGGGAUGAACUAAUUGGCAAAGUAGUCAGCGUGAAAUCUAGCAGUUCCCAAGAAUGGUAUCCAGCUCUGGUAAGAACCGAUCUUCAACAUAACCGAUAUGUCCAGACUGCCCCCCUUACACUCCGAGCAGGCAAACUGCAAUGCCGAUAAUGUAAUUAUCACUGCUGUAAGACUCAACGGCCAGUUUUUCAUGUUUGGAUAAGCUAGUAAUAAGAUUUAUAAUUUAGAAAAAUAUUUUAAUGUUCUAUUUUGAUAUGUAUUUUUAAAUAUAACUUUACAUGUGAAUUGAAGAUUAAAAUGAAUGGAGAGAUUACUCUCACUGUGGUGAAUUCUUCUCCCACUUAUUAUUGAUGAUAUCAAUUAAUAGGUGUUUGCAACACUUCGUUCAAAGUUUGGGGGAAUAGGGGGGACUAGCAAGUGAUUUGCAAUGUACAAAAAUAUCUCCGGGGCUUGAUUUUCCAGCUGUUUAUUUUUAAAUUCUAUCUAGAGUGAGUGGCUUGUCUUUUGAAGGAAAGAAAAUUAGCUAAUCUACCAGGUUAGAUAGCCUUAAAGAACAACUGUCACCUCAAAACUAUUAUUAUUUUUUAAUAUAGUAAUCCUUUUACCUUUGGAAGGAAAUGUGUUUCUAAAUAAAGUAUAUGUAAAAAAGAGAGAGGAUAAACUCGUCCCUACCCUUAGUAUAUGACCAAAUCCUUCAGCCAUAUACCUCCACCUUGGGACUGACGGUGUUUAAAUCAGUCCUGCUACAUUCCCAACACGGAAGCAGGGAAGCUCAUAUAGACUAACUGUUGCUUUUCAAACACUGUCUGAUCCAGUAAAUGGCUGAUGGAUAAAAGCAGGGAUGAGUUUUUAACCUUAUUAUUUUUUAUUUUUACAUAUACCUUUUUAUUAAAAAAAAAUCAUUUUAAAAUUUGCUGAAUGGAUAAUUAUAUUAAAAACAUUGUUUUGUGAUGACAGUUCUUUAAAUGUUAACAUCAUAAAUAAACAAAAACAUUUAGGGGAGUACUUUCUUUUGCAAUGGUCACAACUGUGCCACCUAUCACUAUCCUCUACACCAGGCUUUCCAGGAAUAUUGCUGGAGCCAAGUUUGACCCCAUUAAGGGAAAUGUGUCUGUGCAGGUUAUGUAGUUCUAUUUGUUUGUUCAGACCUGCAGCGUGCCAGUCACAAUAUGCUUCUCGUAAUUAAAUGAUCAAUUAAUUUUUUGAAGUUGUCAGUUUGCUGCAUGUAUGACUUACUGCACAGUAAAAAAAAAAUAAAAAACAGUUGCAAAAUGUUGUGGACACAUGGCAUGUAUUCAUGGUAUUGCACAAGUUUUAUUGUGUUCGCGGUUUAAAUGUUUGUUUUUGUGUUAUGCUUGGAAAUCAAGUGAUCAUGCUGUCAGUACAAAGACUCAGAAUUUGCAAGCAUCUGAGAUAAGUGCAUAACUUCAGCAAACCGUCAUGUCAUGAAUGGGUAGACAUGUUUGCAAACACUGUGCAUAUAACACUUUGAUAUAACCAAUGCCGUGAUUAUGUCCUGAAUACAUUCAGCAACAUCUCUGUGUCCCCUGGGCACUCACGUAGUAUCUGGUCUCACCUGCAGGGGAAGCAAGAUGGUUUUAUUCAGUGCAGCCGAUACAGGACUGUUAUUUGUUGGGAGCGCUCUGUUAAUACUGUCCAUACACUGGCGUGUCCCUCUAUAGCCCCGCUUAGUUUGGUAUCCUGUAUGAGAAUCCCUGAAGUGGGGUAUGCAGACAUACAUGUUUGUUUUAAGUUUUCCAUUGUUGGUAGUGAUGUCCCGAACUGUUCGCCGAACGGUUCGCGAACUGUUCGCCACGAACGGUUUGCCGCGGACUCAUCAUUGAGUAAACUUUGACCCUGUACCUCACAGUCAGCAGACACAUUCCAGCCAAUCAGCAGCAGACCCUCCCACCUCCUGGACAGCAUCCAUUGUGAAGCUGCAUUCUUAAUGAGCUGUCCAGGAGGUGGGAGGAUCUGGGAGGGAGGGUCUGCUGCUGAUUGGCUGGAAUGUGUCUGCUGACGGUGAGGUACAGGGUCAAAGUUUACUCAAUGAGUCUGCGGUGAACCGUUCGCGAACCGUUCCGUGAACAGUUCGGGACAUCACUAAUUGUUGGUAGAGGUUACAGGAAAAAUCAAAAAAAUUGGCUUUGCUGUUAAUUUGCAGAAUAUCAGCCGUGCAACACAAGUAGUAAACUUAAAAAUUUAUUCCAUAGAACAGCACCAACUUUAAAAAAAAAUAAAAUAAACUUCACUUGCAGCCAUUUUGGGAGCCCCACCCUUCAUUGCAUCUCUGUCCACGUCUAACAAAGCGAUGUACAACUAUUCUGUGGAUUGUCCUCUGACUGAGAUCUUCAUGCAGUUGUACUUGCCCAUCAUACAUACAAUAUUUGAGUGACUAUAAAAGUUAAAAUUCUACAUUAUUACUAGAUUAGCUAAAUGAAAGAAAUGUUCCGGUAGUCAUGUUCCCUAAAUGAGCUUCCUUUCCUAGGAGGAGUUAUUGCUGAUAAUGUUGUUGCACAGAAUAUCUGCUCUUUUUGGGUUCUCUUUAAAGGGACACUACAGGAGGCACUGUAGCCAUUUCAUCUCAAUGAAUUGCCUCUUGGCACUGUCAUUCACUUCAUUAAACGGGCCUUUUCCAAGCUGUUUAACACUAAAGGUCCCUGGAUGCCCACAGCCUGGUGCCCCCAUUAGAGAAAUGGCUACGGUAGAGGUGGCAUAUUUCUUAAGUCCUACCAAUUUAUACCAGCAUUGCUUGUUAUAGGUUGAAAGAGGUCAGCUGCCACUCUCAGUCAAGCAUCAGAGGGGAUGGGCUACUGGGAAUCCAUUUAGCUUUGUAUUAAAAUUAACAAUACAGUUAGUGUCUCUUUAAAUAUAUACUGUGUAUAUGAGACUUUAGCAAUAUAUUUGGGGAAAGCCAGACUUAUGCAUUACCAACAUGUAUUAUUAGUGCCACCUGCAUGAACCAAACAAGGGCCUGUGAGCAGGGCAGCUUUAUUUACUCACUAGUUACUAUGUUCAGUUGGCAUUUGGCCACUCAUAUCCUUGUCAUUGUGGCUUUCACAUAGAGAAUUCAGCUGGCAUUUUGUCUGGGACAGCCCAUUUCUCUUUUGUCAUGAAUCAUCUGGAAAAAGUCUAUUUAUCAAGGUUGAGUUGGAUAUUAAAUCCCUAUCUCAGCACAACUGGCUUUCUUUCUGUGUGUUGGUAGAGGGUGAGAAAGUUAAUGCUAUUGUCUGAGGAAGUCCAGUUAGUAAAAUUAAACGCUGUCUGCGGAUUGUAGCCGUGAAAUGAGCAUUCUCCAUGGGAAUAGUUUUACUAUUACUUCAUCCGCUGCAUUUUGGGCUUUGGAAAGUGGACAUAUAAUGUGGAUCCAGUGUUAUUUACUGCCAUGAGCGAGGGGAAAAAAAGGCAAAAUUUAUAUUAAAGUCACCAAAAGUGUAUGAGUACUAUGUACGUGUGUGUAUGUCUUUCAGACUUCACUCUGCAUUUUUCACAGGUACCCUUAGCAAUAUAUGCUGUUUUAAACACAGCUUGUUUUAAAAAUAAAGCAUAGGGGGAUCUAAAAUUACCAUUGACAUGGAACCAGUACUGUACUGCACAGUUUGUGGGUCUCGUCAGCACUGCGCUGGCUCUGCUCUGGGUCUCGUCAGCACUGCGCUGGCUCUGCUCUGGGUCUCGUCAGCGCUGCGCUGGCUCUGCUCUGGGUCUCGUCAGCACUGCGCUGGCUCUGCUCUGGGUCUCGUCAGCGCUGCGCUGGCUCUGCUCUGGGUCUCGUCAGCGCUGCGCUGGCUCUGCUCUGGGUCUCGUCAGCGCUGCGCUGGCUCUGCUCUGGGUCUCGUCACGGCUGCACUGGCUCUGCUCUGGGUCUCGUCACGGCUGCACUGGCUCUGCUCUGGGUCUCGUCAGCGCUGCGCUGGCUCUGCUCUGGGUCUCGUCAGCGCUGCGCUGGCUCUGCUCUGGGUCUCGUCAGUGCUGCGCUGGCUCUGCUCUGGGUCUCGUCAGCACUGCGCUGGCUUUGCUCUGGGAGUUGACGUCUCCCUCAAAACAUAUAGCUAGGUGCCAGAAAGAUUGUGGUGAGACCAGGCCGAUAAAACUCCGCACAGUGCAGAGAAAUUACUGUGGUGACACCUCCACCCCCAAAGCCUAAAUGUUGCCAGAGGGGGGAAAAAACCCUAAUCAAUGAAUAACCAGUGUUUGACAGUGAUCUGCUUUCUCUCCCAUAUUUAUUGUACAUUUACAAGUUGGAGUAGAUAUGUUUGCACUGAAUGAUGGUUAGCGAUUAACAAAUGUAUGUAUUGCUUUUCCCCCCUUUAGGUUGUGUCCCCGAGCUGCAGUGAUGAUGCUGGAGUGAAGAAAGACCAGUGUUUGGUGCGAUCAUUUGUGGACUCCAAAUUGUAAGUGUUAAUGUUAUAAAUUGUAUUUACUUAUUUUAUUCAAACUCAAAUACUUUGAUAAAAGGGGCAUUUAUUAAACAUCUCGUGAUAAGCAAAACUAGAGAUCAGGGGAGUCGAUGAAUGAAUGUCAAAUUGACAAGCUAAGGCUUGAGAAUCCGUCAGGUCAGGCCGUGUGGGAAACGUUAACUAGAAUGGUGUAUGGUUCCAAAGGAAGCGGGAGCAGAGCGCUGAUCUCCCAGCAGAACCUCAAAAUAACAGCACUGGGCGACUGGUUCUUUAGGGUUUUACAGCCUGAGGCAGCCCAAGGGUACAUGUGUUUCAUAAGGAACUGCCUUAUUGCCAACUAAUUGGGAGUGGACUCCAUAUCAAUAUUAUUAGGGGACAUGUUGGUAUCAUAACGCAUCCAGUGUCACAGCGCUACAGUCCAGGGUAAUGAUCUAUGUAUCAUGAUGCCAAUACUCGGCAUCAGUAUGGCCUCUAUACAAAGCAUGCAACUCCUGCACUCUUAGCUGCCACAAGGAAAAAGAGAAACUGAUGGGGGAAGCCCUUCAUGGCCAUAACUGCAUUAUUUUAUUUGUUUACUGCGUUUUCCUUUUAAUGGGUUUAUCCCUUCAAUUUUUCUUUUAUGACACACAACAGCGUGUCAAUACAUGAACAUGCAUGGUAGGUUUGAACCCCUGCAGCCCUCACCAACCUGUCUACCAGUGAUGAUGUCAUAGUACCAAAUACAAAGCCCAGAAAAUGGAGCAAAAUGCCAUACAUAAAAUGAGGGGUGUAUAUCUCUAUUGAUAGUUCCAUUGAUUUGCAUUUGCCCAUAACACAAGUGGUAAUAAUCCCAUGUGUAUAUGUGUUAGUGGAGUUGUGAGAGGUGCAUAUAGACAUAUAUAAGGGACUCCCCCUGGCGAUCUGCAUGCUGCUACUUCCAGUGCAUACAGACCGCUUUCUCACCUACUACCUGUCUGUGAAAACUGCUGUCUCCUGCUGUCUGGAACCCCAGGUCUCUGUGGCUACACUUUGUUCCGCCUUUCUCCCGUACGGACUUCCAAUCCGGAAGCUCCAGCCUGACCUCCGACCCCGUGGACCGAGCAGUCGCACUGGCGCCCUCCAUUGGCGUCUUCACGGUUUGGGCUUUUCUUUUCAAUUACGUGUUGUGGACACGUGGGCUCUAUUGACGCAAAAAGCAUUUGUGUCCUUUUUCUACUUAUCCGUUCGGCUCGUUUUCAUACAAACAGGUCGUGUCUAUUAUUUGUUCCCCCUCCUGUUUGGCUCUUUACCAGACGGAAGCGUUGUUUAGGUACAUGACUGCGUUCGCACGUAAUCAUGGUAAACGGACUCGUGGGCUCUCAUAACUUUUAUGUCCUUUUCCCACUCAUUCGCUUAGUAAGAUUUCCCUAAGUUCGGCUAGCCGUAGCUAAACAAUUCUCAAACAUUUACGCCUGUGCUCACGAAAGCUUGGCAAACACUCUCCAUACGUUGCUAUAGUUUCCUAGCUCAGGGUGAUUUGGCUGGCGGCCCUCUAGUGGUCAAAACUUGAUGUUGCAGUAGUAUAGAGGUACAUAGGAGACCUUCAUACUAGGAAACUAUAGGUUGACAGAUUGUAUUUUCUCCUCUGUAUCGGUUGUAUAUUAUAAUGUUGGGCUCAGCAGGUCAGUCUGGAUGCGGUUUCUAGUUGGCACAUUUAUAGGUACAUAGUAUACGCAUAGCGCUUUAUUUAGGAUGGUAUUUGGUUCUACAUUGUUUUCUGUGUAAUAGUUCCUUAAACAUACUAUGGGGUUACGGUUGAUGUUAACGUAUUUGUGUCAUGCCAAUCAUUUGCAGAUCUCGAGGUGAAGAUUUAGAGCAGCAUUUGCUCUUCAGACCUCGACUCCUAUAUCUUGUAAGUAGGUGGUCUUGUUAAGGGGUACGAUUUCAGGUGUUUCAUUGGCGUAUAUGCAUACUAAUUUAUAUAUUCAUCUUUGUUAUUAUUAGGUAUAGGCCUCUCCUUCCCCUCUCUACCUCCUUUAGUGGGAAACUCAGUAUUCUGUGACAGGUCAGUUAAAGGGGAAACUCCAGUGCCAGGAAAACAAUCCGUUUUCCUGGCACUGGAGUUCCCCUCUCCCUCUCACACCCCAAUCCCCAGUUGCUGAAGGGGUAAAAACCCCUUCAGUCACUUACCAGAGGCAGCGACAAUGUCCCACGUCGCUGCUUCUUCCUCCGCCGCCGCUCAUCCCUGUGAUUGCGUCGGCCGGUGAGCAUGCGCAUUAGAGCUCCCCAUAGGAAAGCAUUGAAAAUGCUUUUCAAUGCUUUCCUAUGGAGAGAUGAGCGACGCUGGAGGUCCUCACACAGCGUGAGGACAUCCAGCAACGUUCUAGCACAGGUUUCCUGUGCUAGGGACAUGGAAGUGCCCUCUAGUGGCUGUCUAGUAGACAGCCACUAGAGGUGGAGUUAACCCUGCAAGGUAAUUAUUGCAGUUUAUAAAAAAAAACUGCAAUAAUUACAGUUGCAGGGUUAAGGGUAGUGAGAGUUGGCACCCAGACCACUCCGAAGGGCAGAAGUGGUCUGGGUGCCUGGAGUGUCCUAAUAAUAAUAAUAAUAAUAAUAAUAAUAAUAAUAAUAAUAAUAAUAAUAAUAAUAAUAAUAAAAAAUAAUAUAUAUAUAAAAAAUAAAAAAAAUUCUUCCCUUUUGGUUGGUGUGCUUUUCCCCUAUUACCGUAUCCACGCUGCAAUUUGUACCAUUCAAUUUCAAUAGGUUACAACUACUUUCUGACCUAACAAACCCAAGAAUAGACUUCUGGUAUGUUUACCAAAGGCGACUCCCAAUUUUCUUUUAGUUUUUACUGGCUUAUUAGAGUCUAUAGUGGUCAUGCGAGGCCAACACCCAUCCUCCACGCUAGAGGUGAAAUUCGCCCCUCACGCCAAAUCCAUUGUCCGCCGCCUUGCACGAUUGCAUAGGGAGGGCCUCCCAUGUCACUCCCCUACUAUCUUUGGGCUUAGUUGUCCCUGAGAGGCCAACACCCCACCACAAGUGCAGUGGUCCCGAAUCCCUUUGUGCCAAAUCAUUGGUAGAGCCUCUCUAGCCUCUUGGCAAGUAGUAGGCCCUCAUCUGUCACCGAACUUGGUGAAUUGUUUUGUCGCUUGGCACUAGUAAACCAUCCAGUAAAACACCUCAUUUUCUAAAUGGUGUUUAACAUAUCUUUCAGUAUGUCUCAGAUCCCUGAUGAAACGGACGAGUUGUCAGUUGUCAAUUCCCAGUACUCCAGUCAGGUCCAUUUCUCCUUUUCAAAAUGACGAUAUCUGUAGCCCUGCAUCUAUUAGGUCUUGGACAAUUCCACGCAUCACGGCGGAACUUCGUAAACGCAACAUCCCUUUCCCAGCAGCGGCCAGGAAAGAGGAACUAUUUCGGCUCAUGCCGGCACAUUCUGACAAUACUGGGGCCGGAGAAGGAACGAGUGGCUCCAGCAACUCUGAGCUCCACGCCAUGAUUUCCUCCAUGGGGAUAGUUAACGAUAGACUAGAUAAAAUUGACGCUCGUAGCCUUCCCUUGUCAUCAUCUGGGACUUUAACUGCUGACGUUCCAGGUUCACCACAUAUACAAUUGGGUAAAGUACCCCCGGAGUCGGGUACUCCUAUCAUCACCCCCGCCCAGAUGGUAUCUGCGAAUCUCAAUAAAGAAACAGGAGUAGGCAGUAAUUCGUGACAUAUACAUAACCAGCGUGUGAAUGCUAUCUACUAUACAAACGGACGCUGUCCAUUCGAAUGCCAAGCAAAGCAUAGUUAAGGGAUCUAAUGCCCCCCAAAAUUAAAUAAAAAUGUAUACUUCUCAAUAUGGAGACAUUGUAUUAUAAAAAUCAGUAUGAACUCUGAGAUUACAUCACAAACUUGUACGAACCUACAUACUAUCCAAAAUUAAAGUACAUCACUAAAAACAACCUGUGUAUCAACUCUAGAAAUAUAAGAGGUUCUAAAUAAAGAUAUACUAGCACAACCUAUAGUAUACAAACUUCUGAGAAUAUACAGUUGGACGCUAACAUACAGACUAGUGCAUCUCCUAAACACUAGACUCUCGUCUGCCCAAUUGGAUCUAGACGGAAUGGGAUAUCAGCUAAGCAAUGCUUGCAAAUAGGUAAUUAUUUUUUGUUAACUUCACUGGAUAUUAAUACCUGUAUCUAACCAGGUUGUCCAAAAGACCAUCUUAAAGUAUUUCAGCAAAACGUAUUUACAAACGGGUGAAAAAUUAAAAUAUUAAUACUGGAUCUCAUAUAUAUAUUGUGUGUGUAUGAGAGAUAGAUAGGUGUAUGUAUGUAUAUAGAGAUAGAUAUAGAUAUAUAGAUAUAGAGAGAGAGAGAGAGAGAGAGAGAGAGAGAGAGAGAAUCACCAUAUACACAUUUAAUUACAGUUGAAACAUGGUUUAUGAAGUUAAUGCCAUGCGCAUAAUGUGGGCAUCAGUCUAAAUUUGAUUCUUGUAUCAGGAGUUAUCCCAGUCCCCCGUUGGCUUUGUAUCUUAAUAAAACUCUACCUUUCCAAGCAUGUUUGCGCAUGGUCCUCCUUAACCUGUUGUCCUAAAAAAUAAUUAAUUUUCUCAUUAAUAUUUAAAUUCUCCCUUUAUAGUGCUGUAAAGCGCUUGGUGCUAUAAAAAUGGCAAUAAUAAAAAUCUGUUGUGUUGCAUAUAUUCAUUAAAAAAAAGUAAUUUUAUCAGUUAAUCUGUUGAUGUUUGCAAAACAUCUCGUGAUUUAAUUUGCAGGUUUGUAAAUUAUAUUCCAUUUUAUUUUUUACACUUUAAGGUAAAUUGUUGAACUAUUUUUUUGUAAUGAAUUUUAUGUGUAUUUUCCACCUCUAGCCAUUCAAAUGCAAGGAAAGAUCUCGCUGAAAUUGACAUUAAUACACUGAAAUCUGAACAUUCUGCAGUGCAAGGUAAUGGAGGGAGAAACAUGACAUGUGUUGUUAGACCUGUGUUUUACAUAACCAUAAAGUUUGACUAGAUUAUAAAUUUUCCUUAAUUUGUCUUUGAAACUAAUAUCGAUCUGAGGCGCUUUCCCUUUAAAGUUUUAAUAUAUAUAUAUAUAAGGUAGUGUAUCUUUAAUCUUUUUCUGACCCGUGCUGCGAUCCUCUAAUUUUCCCCUAUAUACAAAAAUCAAGAAACGCAAUAUUUUAAAACAAUGAGUUAGCGCACAAAACUGGUAGAAGCUCUCAAAUUAAAGAGCAAAGUGUUAAAAGAACUUAUUUGCAGAAUGUUCAUACAGAUAAGCGUAUUGUCCUGAUGUAUAUGAAGCACUCUUUUUAUGAUUCCAAGGUCAUAUAGUCCACACCAUAAAUGUAGUAGCCCCUUCUAGGUUCUCCAGCACUUCUUAUUACAGUGCACUUGAUCUGUACUGGAUCCCAAUUGAUAUCUGGGAGACAAAGCACAUAUAUACUCCAACAGUGUAACACUGUUUGUAUAGGGGUUAACAACACUCCCCCUAUGUACCCUGCUCACCUGGUGCAGGGACUUCAACUGGUCCCAAAGUUAGUCUUUAAAACUAAUGUUAACGAAAAAUUUAUACACACAGACAAGCACGAAGCAUAGACUUGUAGUAUAAUUACUACAAAUGUCUACAGGAGUGAUGACAUAUAAGGAAUAGAAACUGCAACGUUUCGGCCUACACUGUUUACAUUUUGCAAUUUUCACGCCUACUAGUCUCUGUCAGGCGGCUUAUAGUGGACGCGGGAUGAAAUAAUCUAGUUAUUAAAUCUAUUUAAUGACCAACAUCCAUAUGCAAAGUAUGUUAAUACCUGAUGCUGUGAAACAUUGGUUUCAAUUUUUCUUCCGUUUGGCUAAUCACUGUGAUUGCUAGGCAUGUACUGUGUGCCCUCAAUGUUUCUCUGUAGGAAGAAUCUGAUUCGACACAUAGUUGUGCCAUUUUUAUUUUUUAAAAAAAGGUUGGCCCAGAGUAAAAGGCACAAGUCAAGUUAAAAAAAAAAAAAAAAAAAGCGUUUGUUUGUUGUGUGCUUUUUAAAUAUAAUUAAAGUAUUCUUUGCACGGUUUACAGUAGAGGUCUACAGGCAUCUUGGGAGACCUUAGUCAGUGGGGAGCAUUCUGUGUCUAUAUACAAACCUUGGAGACUCUGAACGGCUGUAAUCUUUGCAGAACCGCAUUCAGGAAGUGACAACCACUAGAGGUGGCCCUAGGCAGCAAUGUAAACACUAACACACAAAAUGAAGUCAUAUGCUUUAACUCCCAGCACUCCAUGGUAACCAAAGAGUUACCUGCGCACUAUCCCAAAUUCCUCAUUUAAAGAGCAGGAAGUUUUUAGCAUCACUCCAAUGGUCAUUUAAGUGUUGGCUCAUCUGCCACGUCAAGGCAAAACCUCUUAAAUGCAUCGUACGAUAUUGGUUCAUAAAAGUACCCUUUUCUGUCUCAUUAGAGGUUUUUGGUAGUGUAGGACUCACUUUAAAGGUUUUUCUUUGAUGUGGAAGGUGAGCUUACACUUAAAUGGCUGUUGGUGUGAUACUAAAAAGCCCUCCAAUUAUUUAAAUGUGCAUAUGGAUUUAAUUUUAUUUGGGAUGGAAUUAAUUUAACACCUUUUGGUUCCAACAAUGUAAACACUGCCUUUUCUCAGAAAAUGCAAUAUUUACACUGCUCAGCCUGCAGGAACAGGCUCUUUUCUGCAGAACAAUACACUAAAGGAUUACCUUAACCCUUCGGAGCGGGGGACCUUUUCUGUGUAAAAUGGCCUAUCUGGCUUUCCUUGCUGUAAAACCAAGAAGAAGAAAAAAUUAAAAAUCAGUCUCCGGUGAAGCUGCCUUCCACACCCUGUCCUCGCAUCACAAAGACUGGUCACUGGCUUCUCAUAGAGGAACCUGUGAUUAGACCAAUUGUCUGCUCAGAGCAGAGGGAGUGUCUAAGGGAGACAUUGUGGACUUGGAGAGCUAGCUUCUCCUUGCAAACACUCUUCCUGCAUGGGGAAGUUUUUAACGUCUUUUGUCCGCAUUCAGUGCGCUCUGACAAGACGUAAAAUAUGCACCGAACUGACAUUAGACAGCCGGAAACAGAAUUGUGGGUUGCCAAUGUCACGUGCUUCGGGUGGAACAAUUCUAAAUAAUUCUGGAUGUGCAAUGUUUCAUGCAGUAACACUGCAUACAGACUCCUACCACCAUGACCACUUCAAAUCCAUUAAGUUGUUAUGGUGAAUGGAGUAACCCUUUAAACUGUAGUGGUUUUGGUACCAAGCGUGUGUCUUUUUUUUUUUAAAGCCUGUUUUCACUAUCCACGCUCUGUGGGCUCUGUUAGUAAUGUCCACACAGAGAUGUAUGUUGAUCCAAACCAUGCACACAUACCAGUUUUAUCAUGGGCCACUUAAGCCCUGGAGAGGCCAACAUGUAGAAAGAGGGAAGUGCUCAUGCCAUUGUACAGAACACUGGUGAGACCUCACUUGGAGUAUUGUAAGGAGUACUGGAGACCGUAUCUUCAGAAGGGUAUUGAUACCUUAGAGAGGGUUCAGAGAAGGGCUACUAAAAGGGUUCAUGGAUUGCAGGAUAAAACUUACCAGGAAAGGUUAAAGGAUCUUAACAUGUAUAGCAUGGAGGAAAGACGAGACAGGGGGGAUAUGAUAGAAACAUUUAAAUACAUAAAGGGAAUCAACACCGUAAAGGAGGAGACUAUAUUUAAAAGAAGAAAAACUUCCACAACAAGAAGACAUAGUCUUACAUUAGAGGGACAAAGGUUUAAAAAUAUCUGGAAGUAUUACUUUACUGAGAGGGUAGUGGGUGUAUGGAAUAGCCUUCCAGCUGAAGUGGUAGAGGUUAACACAGUAAAGGAGUUUAAGCAUGAGUGGGAUAGGCAUAAGGCUAUCCUAACUAUAAAAUAAGGCCAGGGACUAAUGAACGUAUUUAGAAAAUUGGGCAGACUAGAUGGGCCGAAUGGUUCUUAUCUGCCGUCACAUUCUAUGUUUCUAUGUGCCCAUUGGAUCAAAUAUGAACUGAAGCAAGUUUAGUUACAAGCUUCAAAGUAAGUUCCACCUCUGUUGCUCAAGUUACCCCAUCGAUCACCACACCAUCAGAUUUACUGGGAAUAUUCAAUUUUUUUUACAUGUGUAUAACUAUGAAUAAAAUGGUUUUACAAUCUAGUUAAUAACUGCACAGGUGUAUAUUGAUAAGGAAGCACUCCUACUGUUCUUCUCCAGGUGUAAAGGAGGCAAUCCAUUUCCUGAAUUCGAGAACUGUCCCUGAGAGUUGGAAAAUGGACAUGAGCGAAAUCCUGGAGUCAUCGAGUAGUGAUGAUGAGGAUGGAGAGGCAGACGUUCAUGAUGGCGAGCCGAACAAAGAGGAAGAGGAGGAAGCAGAGGUUGGUAAACUGAUUGAUUAGAAAUGAUGAAACUGUAAUCUGUUGCACCUAUUUUACAACACAAUCAAGACCUGCAAUGAUAUAGGUAAUUUAUUAUUAAAUGCAUGACCAGAGGGGAGAUCAGAGAUCUCCCUCGCCGGCCCGCUGGCAUGGGAGGGAGAGAGAACCUGGCGGGUUCUCCUCUCGCAAGCUUGGAGUGUUGCCACGGUUACCACGGCAAUGCUCAGAAUCUCGCUAGAGGGAACUAUAGCUCACCACUGAGCCCACCAGGGCUUGCAGGGAUAUGAAAAGUAUUACACACACAAUUGCCCCUCUCUUACACACACAUACACACACACACACACUGCCCAUCACACAACCUGCCUCAUGCACAAGCUGCCCCACAUACACGCACACACACACUACUGCCUAUCUCUCACACACUACUGCCCUUAUCCCCAUCUACAGCCCCUAUCCCAGCAGAUCCCAAACAGUUUUACUACUUACUCUGCACUACGGAACUAGUGGCACCAUAACCACUACAAAGUGCUGUAGUGGUUAUUGUGCCUGGAUUGUUUCUUUAAAUAAUCUACCAUUGCCCCUCCCAAGAAUAGGUUCUGGAUCUGUGCUUGAACGGCAAGCAUUUCUGCCGAACAGGGGCCCAGUAUAUGCUGCUGCGCUGUACAUAUAUAUGCCGCUGCGCUGUACAUAUAUACAUACAACCUAGAAUUUUUUUUUCACUUGAGGCACCUUGGAAAAAUAUUCAAAUAUUAAGGGCGUCUUGAACUUAAAAAGUUUGGGAACCACUGGUCUAGCCAACUCCAUGCCCCUGGCUGGUCACAUCAUUUCAAGUAACCACACGUCCUCUUUUGGCUGUGCACAUAUUUGUACGACAUAAGUUUGCAUUGUGUUUUUACACAGAGCAGUGAGUGUAUACUGAGCGCACAGCUCACAGGUAAGGCUGCUACACCAAACGGUGCUGUGCUAUAGUUCAGCUCUCAGCUGUGAUUUCAUUAAUAAAGAGGGCAAAAGCAGCAAUGAGGGAACUGUCCUGCACUGCUGUGACAAGCAGAGAUUACCCUUUCAUGAUUACACAGGGAGACCAGAUGCCGACAGCUAGAAUUUGCAAGUUAUGACAUUUAUAAGAUUGGAAAAGGAGUGACUGGGACAGAAGUAGAUGUUGGGAUGGUGCAUGCCUUGUGGCUUUGAUUAGCCACGGGCAACGGAGCUUGUUUUCAAGUCAAUGAUUAGUGGCAAGUACAGUGUGUGUUUGCCUCUCUCCUAGAGGACUUUCCCUGUCUCUGUACUCAUUGAAAUGCACAAUCUAAUAUUAUUGCACUGAGUGUUUGUACAUAUCACAUUCUGUGAUUAGACAUGGUCUAUUAAGCUGCCCUAUUUUGAAAGAAAGAGAAACAUGCCUUUUUUUAACGUUUUGCCUCAAUGCGUUGGGUUGCAUUGGAGCACACCUGUUGCUGACAUAUGCAUUGUGCGUACUAAACACUUCUAUAAACACAUUACGUCAAAGCUUUUUAUAGAGAUACAGGGAAAUCUUGCAAACAUCAUUCAGGCUUUUUAGUGAAUGGCAGAUGCAGAAAGCACAGCAUAGCCGGGUCCCAUCUCACUCUUACAAAAGACAAUCUAGGACAAGGCUCAGAAUUUCCACUAGCUAUUGGCAAGCAGAAAUUCUCCCAUGUUGUGUUAUGGAUUCUCCAGGUUUGCAGUGACAAGUAACUUUUAAGGCCUGACUAAUAGCAUAGGAUUUUACAUUUUUAGUCCUGGCUUUAGAAAUGUACAGGUAAUAUGCGUCUUGUGCCUACCUGUAAGCUUACACCCCUGGAUUCUUCUCAUUCAUAAAAAACAAUGUGAAUGGGAGCUAAGCUGGGGCAUCAUAUUGGCAUGUAUAACUCUUUAUAUGUCUGGCGGCUCGGUGCAGCAGAAAUUUACUAGAUACUAACUACAAUACUACUAUUGAGCCACUUCCUAGUCUUCGCAGGUACAGGCUUGCAGAGAAGUGUUUAUGUACAUUUUAAAUCCAGCACAUUGGCGAAGAGGUAUCAAUGCAGCCAUUUUAGCAUAUCCAAAGGCUGUUAAAAAAAAAAUGUUAACAAAGUGUUUUUUUUAAAAUUUAUUUAUUCUUUAAUUCUUCAUGUCAAAAUCUUUAACCCCUUAAGGACCAAACUUCUGGAAUAAAAGGGAAUCAUGACAUGUCACACAUGUCAUGUGUCCUUAAGGGGUUAAAUAGGUUACUAACCUUAAAGAAGCAGCGUUAGAAAUACAAACAUUUAUUGCGAACGUUAUACUAUUCAUCUACCUGUGUAGGUGUCGUUCCCCUAUGGUAACAUUUACUUUCCUCACAUUUCGUGCUAUACCAGUCUCCAUGUUGCCGCUUCGCCUGCCUGGCUGACAUCAUCAAUCUCAAGGCCAUUGCUCAUUUGCAGCAAAAUGCCGUCCUGCAAAAAAAAAAAAAGCUCUCUAGGAGAGUCAUUUCAUCUAUAACAAAGUGUAACUUGUUUACAACUGCAGAAGGAUCACUAGUGGUUGGCUUCCUGACAGUCACUAGAGUCAUGUUGGCCCUGUAGUGCAAACACUGGCAUUCAAUUGCAAGGUUACAAAGACAUGGCACCCAGACCACUACGUGGAGAUGACGUGGUUUGGGUGUCUGUAGAGUCCCUUUAGUUGUAAACAAAAUUGUAUAGCUUUACAGGACACUUGGGGCACCAAUAGCACAAAUCUUUCUGGUUUUUGCAUUAAAAGUUGUGCAGAAUGCCGCAGCAUAAGCUGGCCUCUUUGGUCACGCCUUCCCACUCCUGAAAAAGACUUCCUUAUCAAAUUAAUGCAAACAGCUCAGUCACUGACCGUAUUGAACAAUCUGAACUACAAAGCAACUUCCAUUAGAAGAAGAGGACACCCAGGAGGCAUAUAGUAAGGACACCCUUACCUGUUUAUAGUUUCUCUGACUGUGACUGUCUGCAACCAGGUUAUGAAAAGCCACUCACUCAAUGCGGUAGAGCCUGAGUUGUGUACAUACAUUUGAUAAGGAGGUCUUUCUAACACGAGGUGCAUGGCUAAGGAGGCAGAAUUGUGGUGAAACAUUCUGCAGUACUAUGUAUUUAUUUAUUGCACAAAAACUGUAAAUUUGAGCUUGCAAACAAAUACAGCAUGUUAAAGAGGCCAAAAUCUAUCAAAUGAAAGUUGUAUUGGUGCCUAGAGUGUCCAUUUUAAGCAUGUAUAUGUAUAUGGUUAUAAUAUCAACUGAACGCUAGUUACUUUAUGGAGCUUCGUCUAAGCCUGACUUGUUUGUUAGUGCACUUCUUGUACAGCUCUCCAAUGUAUGAUGGAGCUGUAUAAAGAAUUAAAUAUACAAGAAGAAGAAAAAAUGGCGCAACAAAAUAUUUUAAAUAAAUAUUAUCACCAAAAACCAAAUGUCAACCAGUUUGGCAUGUAGCAACCUACAAGGAGCUCUGAUAUAAAUCCCCAGAACAAGCAGAAAGAAAAACAAAAAUAGUAGGUGUGCAAACAAUGUUGAAGAUAGCACUGUAGAAGAAGCGACAAUCAGAACAUUAAAAUAUGCAAAUUGCCCACCAACAAGAGCCCAAUGGCUUAUAAGGAAGAGAUCUGUACAACCAGAGUACAAAUCACACUGGGAUAGAGUAGAUGAAAUUAUGUGGCACACAAAUAUAUACUUGCACUCUUCCUUACUAGUAGGUCUCACUGAUUUAAAAUAUAUAAAAAAUAAAACACAGACCUAGUGCAAUAUUGUCAAAAUAUAAUCUGGUAUGUGGCACUCUGUAAGAAUUGAACCCUCAAUUGUGGAGUGUUUAUAGUACUAUAUAAGAUAACUAUCAGGCAAAGGGAGGAUCAGACCCUUGUGUACGUUGGAUCCAGACGUGGGUAUUCAGACGAACUCCCCAUCAGCCGAAGAUGUGAAGUAAAAUACUUUAUUCACACAAAAACAAAUGUAAAAGUAAAAAGGAUAGUUCUCAUUGUACUGCAGCAGAUCAAAGUCCUGGGAAUUAGUAGAUAAACCGUCAGAGUUCCGUCUCCCCCAGCUGAUUGCCAUCUCACUGUACACGUGCAGAUACUUCCGGGUUUAGCUGUGCUGUGUGUCUGAUACAGUGUGUGCCCCGCCUCUCUGGGCUUUCUCAAGCAUAAGGUGAGUUCUCCUGUGGCCAUCCUUUAUAUGCUGUCAGAUGAGUAACAAUGUCCUGCCCUUUCUGGCAUCACAGUCUACAUUAAAAAAGUCUUAAAAGUGCAAAUUACACCCUUUAUUCACUCUGUCCAUGAAGCAAAAACAUAUUUUUAGUCUCUGAAACAAAACUUAAAAAUUGACAAGUAUUCUGAAACACUAUAAUUGAUAUGUCAAAAACAUGAUUAAAGAUACCUGCUAAUGCAUAAUACUAUAUCGGCAAACCUAAUAGUAAGGCAAUCAAAUACAUCCCUGAGAGUAGGAUAAAAAAUUGGCAUAUCAGCAAACAUUGAAAUAUUUUAUACCAAUUCCAAGGCAUUGUAUUACACACCUAAUGUAACAAAUUCAUCAAUUUAAAACCUUAGUCUUAUGUAUCUUCAGUCUCUAGGGUGAACAUAUGAACAUGCAUUUAAAAAAAAAAAAAAAAAAAGAGUAUAGAUAUGUUAAAAACAUCCCAAACAGAUACACUAAAAUUGUGUAUAUAGUGUAUAAAGAACAUUAGUAAUAAUUCCUGAUAGUUCAUGCUUUAGUGAAUAUCUUGGAUAACAAACUUCAAAUAUGAACAUUAAUGGAAUGAUUUUACUUCGAAAUGUUUUCACAUAUACGCACAGAAUUUGUAGUACUUUGCUGCUGACGUAUGAUCCACUCAUACAACACGUGUACGAGUCUCACCUCCUCUCUGUCAUGAAAACACUGUAUUAGGAUCAUUCACCAUCAUUGUGGUUCAUUCACUAAACCCAUUAUUGCGACUCAUUCGUUAUUUUUUCCGAGUUUACUCACAUUGCACUAUAGUGCAGGAAUUAAUGUUCAUUCACAGGCACCCCGCUACAUGGACGUUAAAAGGUUUAAAACUUACUUUUUCUCCCUCGCUGCAGCCGAUCCCGCCACAAUGGCAGAGAUCAAUCUUGGUGACUCCGCCAAUCCAAUGCUGCACCAAUUCAUAUCUCCUCGUAGAGAUGCAUUAAAUUAAAACCUCUCUCUAUAGGAAACGUUGAAUGCCUCCUUGCAGAGCAUGUGGACGCUGAACGUCCGUGCAGCACUGAGCUUGGAAGCAUCUCUAGUGGCCGUCUGAAAAGGCGGUGUUUACAUUAAAAGGCCUGUAGCGACUGACUAUAGACACCAGCACAACUACAUUUAAGCUGUAGUUCUGGUGACUAAAGUGUUCUUUUAAGUGCGAUUUAAAAUUUUUUGCUUUUGAAUGGUAUUUCACAUAAUAUGCGACAUGCCUUGCUCCAGCACAGGGUGCUGAUAAACUGUUUGCAAUGUAUAUAUCUGAAAAAUAACUGACAAACUGCUCAGCUGGUAGCCUGUCUGUGUGGAGCUCUAGCAAGCUGAAAGGCACUAGCGUAACUGUUAAUACACAGAUUUCCUUAAAAAUUACCUUUAAAUCAUUGAACAGACUUGUGGACUGAAAGUGAUACAGGUAUGCUAACUUCAUGUAGAAUGCACAUUUUAUUAAAGAUGUUCCCCCUGCGGUGUGCUAAGCAUUGUAACCCCUCUGAUACCAAGGCCGGUCUCCUCACACAGGGUUAUCCAGUCAAUGCUGAAAAGUCAAGGAUUAUUUAAAAUAAGCUUUUGCUUUCAUUGCAUAAACCUGUUCAAAAAGAAUGACCUAAAAACUGUAAUGGGAUCAUUUUAAAUCUCUAGCUUAGGGGGACACCAGCCAUUUUCCAUAUGAGUACUGGAUGUGAUAUCUGUAAAUUAAUGGAGGGCUGCCUUCUAAAUAGCAAACAUGAUAAUGUUAGCUCCCUAAUUUGGUAUUCUUAUAUAUGGCAAUCCUACAUUAGGAUACCAAAUUAGUGAACCAGCUAAUAAAUAGCUUAAAAUCAUUUUAUUAAUUUUGAUCUUUAAGCAGAUCAGUUUAUAACUUCCUAAUAUGUUAUUAUUAGUAUAAUUUAUACAGCUCAUGGGAUUGCUAUAUUUAAGUCACCAAAACAACUUUAGCUUAAUGAAGCUGGUUUAGUGUAUAGAUCAUGCACGUCUCACUGCUUAAUUUUCUGUCUCUGUCAUUUAAGAGUUAAGUUACUUUGUUUAUGCAGCCCUAUAGUGAUGACUAUAGUGUCCUUUUAAGGAUACCAAAUUAAAGAGCUGUACAUUCACAGACCUAUACAUAAAGAUUCACACAAACACACAUGAGUUGCUGUGCAGAAAGAGCACCGCUACCUUUACCCUAGCCUACCAUCGUCUAACCUCAGUCCCCAGAGCACAGCCAGUUUUGUGUUGCACUCCCGGGGUGUCCAAAGAUGGCCACUUUAACCUCGCGCCUGCCCUUCUCUAAGCCAGUUCAUGGGCAUUUGCGUGCCAGAAAAUUGUAGAGGGUGGACCGUAUAAAGCCUGCGGGGCUAUAGGUUGCUGACUGCUACCCUAGUUAAUUUGUGUCUUGCUUUAGCAAGAUUGCUAACAAAAUAUAUAAAGAAAAUUCAUUUUCGUAUUUGUAGUUUGUAUGUUUAUAUUUAUUAUAUAUGGUAUUUCCACAUUGCAGUCUAUGUAUUUUUUGCUAAUCUACAUGUAUAUCGUUGUCAGUAUUGGGAAUCUGUUGACCCUCUGCUAACAAUCUAGUUACAGAGCAGGGGGGCAGACUAUUACACUUUGGCUCAUGCUACUAGGAAGCAAUGUGUACAGUGAUUAUAGACCCUACAUGAACACCGAUAUGUUUUUAACACUGGGUAAAUCGUCAGAGUAAUGGUAACUGCAAUCCUCGACCUCAAAACUCUGUGUGUGUGUGUGUGUGUCCUUCUUGCAGCCAGCAGUGUUUGUUUGCUGCUCAGCACAACGUAGCAUCCUCUAACACCAAGACAUUGAAUGCAGAAUAUGUUUAUUCGCUAAAUCAUUUUAUUUAUUUUUUUUUAAAGACCCGAAACUCUGUUAAUAAACAGGUUUUUUAAGAGCUCAGUUACUCUGCUUUACCAACGCAGACCUGGUAGAAUGUGACGUUUUAGAUAUUUCAGUACGUUUCCGUCUUCGAUUUGUGUGGGGGCUACAAGUGAAAAUAUGUAACUGGGGUACUUUAUUUAGGAACAGUGGGUUUUGUAACAAAGUGUAUAGUUACUUGGUGGCCUGUGUUCGGGUUAUUAGACCACUUGCAUGUGACUAGUAAGAAGUAAUGGGUGGACUACCUUCUCUUGCUUGGUAAACAUUACUUGAUGUUGGCUUAGAAGUCUGGGUCAAACUUGGUUGGCCUCUUACUUCUAAGUUGAGAUUUGCCCCAGUGUGCCUGUAGAUUAGAUGGUUCCUAUAGUAGUGGUGUCCAUGCCUUGCAUGUGGUCAAUAUAUCUUUAUUCUGGACAUUGAUAACACAGCUCUUCGGAUUAUGGCAGCUGUAGGUGGAUUAAUAUUAAAGUUUUGGCAUUUAUCUUGAUAUUCUUUGCUAUAGAAAUACAAAAACAUGUUGUUGUUUUUACUUUUGUGGGUUGUUCCAGGUUCUGAUCCAUCAUCUUUAACUGUUUGAGGGCCCAGAGCUUGCAUGGCCUGGCUGCCAUUCAGAAGAAGAAGAAAAAAGUAGAAUGAUUUGAUAUUUUUUUCAGUUUAGUGAAAUAACUGUGUGGCUCUCAGAUAGGCAGUGUGUGUGUUUGGCCCCAGGAAGGCAGGGGGCUCUCAGAGAGGCAGUGUGUGUGGCCCCUCCCCCCCUCCCCAAGAAGGCUCUAAGAGAGGCAGUGUCCCCAAGGAAGGCAGGGCUCUCAGAGAGGCAGUGUGUAUCCUCCCAGGAAGGCAGGGGGUUCUCAGAGAGGCAGUGUGUAUCCUCCCAGGAAGGCAGGGGGCUCUCAGAGAGGCAGUGUGUGUCCCCCCAGGAAGGCAGGGGGGCUCUCAGAGAGGCAGUGUGUGUGUCCCCAGGAAGGAAGGGGGCUCUCAGAGAGGCAGUGUGUGUGUCCCCAGGAAGGCAGGGGGCUCUCAGAGAGGCAGUGUGUGUCCCCCAGGAAGGCAGGGGGCUCUCAGAGAGGCAGUGUGUGUGUCCCCAGGAAGGAAGGGGUCUCUCAGAGAGGCAGUGUGUGUCCCCCCAGGAAGGCAGGGGGCUCUCAGAGAGGCAGUGUGUGUCCCCCAGGAAGGCAGGGGGCUCUCAGAGAGGCAGUGUCCCCCCAGGAAGGCAGGGGGCUCUCAGAGAGGCAGUGUGUGCCCCCCAGGAAGGCAGGGGGCUCUCAGAGAGGCAGUGUGUGCCCCCCCAGGAAGGCAGGGGGCUCUCAGAGAGGCAGUGUGUGUCCCCCCAGGAAGGCAGGGGGCUCUCAGAGAGGCAGUGUGUGUCCCCCCAGGAAGGCAGUGGUGGGCUCUCAGAGAGGCAGUGUGUGUCCCCCCAGGAAGGCAGGGGGCCCAUUGUGUCUGACAGAGGGGUGACAUGGCCAGUGAUGGGGAUUGUUUUUUAUUAUUUGUGGGCUGUGAGAACACAGGGCUCUCUCCCCCUGCCGGGGGGCUGCCUACAGCGUUGCCAUGGAGACGGGCUGCUGGGUGCAGUGCGCAUGCUCGGCCGGGCAGGAAGGCUGAGCGGAGGCUGGCGAGCUGCCAGGGGAGGCUGCCAGAUGCUGGGACAUGGGGCUGGCUCUCUCCUUUCUUCAUCUCCUGUCUGAUCCUUCCCGUCCGGGGCACGGCCCCCAGGCACGCUGCCCCCAGGCACUCUGCCCCCACACCGCCGACAUCUGUCUGUAGGUAAGCGAUGUGUGCGAGCUGGGCGGUAAUGCUAUGUAAAUACUGCGAGAUCUGCCGCCACAGAGCGAGAUGGGAAUACAAGCUGUCAGCCCAUAGCACAGAGCGACACUGGCCGGGCUCUCUCCGGCGGUAAAUGGCGAGCUGGCCUGGCUGCACACCCUCAGCUCGCCAUGCAGGCAGCACACAAUGAUGGGAAGGAAGGCAGGCAGUGAGUCCAUGGAGGAGUUAGAUGGCAGCAGAGAACCAUCCUCAUACAAUGUAGCCAUGAGGCUGUGUGUCUGACUCUGAUACAAUGUAGCCAUGAGGCUGUGUGUGUCUGAUACAAUGUAGCCAUGAGGCUGUGUGUGUCUGAUACAAUGUAGCCAUGAGGCUGUGUGUGUGUGUGUCUGAUACAAUGUAGCCAUGAGGCUGUGUGUGUCUGAUACAAUGUAGCCAUGAGGCUGUGUGUCUGACUCUGAUACAAUGUAGCCAUGAGGCUGUGUGUGUCUGAUACAAUGUAGACAUGAGGCUGUGUGUGUCUGAUACAAUGUAGCCAUGAGGCUGUGUGUGUCUCAUACAAUGUAGCCAUGAGGCUGUGUGUGUGUAUGUCUCAUACAAUGUAGCCAUGAGGCUGUGUGUGUGUGUGUCUCAUACAAUGUAGCCAUGAGGCUGUGUGUCUCAUACAAUGUAGCCAUGAGGCUGUGUGUGUGUGUCUGAUACAAUGUAGCCAUGAGGCUGUGUGUGUGUGUGUGUGUGUGUGUCUGAUACAAUGUAGCCAUGAGGCUGUGUGUGUGUGUCUGAUACAAUGUAGCCAUGAGGCUGUGUGUGUCUGAUACAAUCUAGCCAUGAGGCUGUGUGUCUGAUACAAUGUAGCCAUGAGGCUGUUUGUGUGUGUGUGUGUCUGAUACAAUGUAGCCAUGAAGCUGUGUGUGUGUCUCUCUCUAAUACAAUGUAGCCAUGAGGCUGUUUGUCUGAUACUGUGUGUGUGUGUGUGUGUGUGUGUGUGUGUCUCUCUCUGUCUGUCUGAUACAAUGUGGUCAUGAGGCUUUGUGAGUGUGUGUGUACACAGAGUGGCUGCACACAGGAUCCAUCCAUUGUUUGCUGCAGCCUUUUAAACAUCGCCUUCAUGGAUUUUUCAUAUUUCUUUGUGAUUUAUUCAGAGAUGAAUCGCUGGGCUCAUCUUUCGCAUUCUGAAUGCAGUAUUUCCUUCAUGCUGGAGUAACCCUCUGUGUUUUACUCUCCUGAACAAACUGCCCUGUUUUUUUCAUGUGCUUCCUCCACCGAACUGAUUUAUGCAUUAGACACAUGGGAAGCAUUGAAAGGCUUUCCUAAUUGGCUUUUUAAAUGCAUGCUUUUGUCUUAGCUUGUUCUUGCUGUGAUACGCGGGUAGAAGUUACUGUUAGUGGCUUAGGAUGUUAUGUAUCCAGCCAUUUUUCCUGCAUCAUUGUACUUCCUAUUGUGCUUGUCUUUGCCAAUUAAUGUCUCCUCUUAUUACUAAUCAGCAGUCUGCAUUUCAUGCAAAUGCUUUGCAAUGGCUGCACAGUAGUGAAGCAGCAUGCAUUGGUAAAGGGACUAGAGCGACUAGACAUUUUAUAUAGCUUUACUAUGUUAAAUACUUCUUUAGUUUUUUAUAUUUAAACUGCUGCAGUGUCAACCUCUCUGAUCAGAAUAAGUCGAAGCACUUAAAAGAAAAAUGUUUUAAAUGCCCCAAGGCAACUAAGAAACAUAUGCAGCAAAGUGCAAACUAUAUUGCAAUGUUGGUAUGUAUGGAGUCAAAAGUUAAUAUCCACAAACCCAUAGAUCUUUGUGACAAGAGCACCCGCACAUAGUGUACUUUCUGUUUAUGUGAUCACAAAUGGUGCCCCUGAUCUUUCUAACUCCACUGGGAAAUGAAGCUUGAUUUUAAUCAGUGGCACUGCGACAGUGGACGACUUUGGGUUCCAAGAACCUGUCGAUGAGCAGCAAGAUACCCCGACGGGUAAAACUAUUGCCUUUCAAACAAGUUCCCAAAACGUCCUGUUUUGGGAGUCAACAGAUGGCAAGCAAGAAUCUUGUUAUAUUAUUCUGUAUUUGUUGUCAUAUGUAUUUGAAGGGCUGCAUCAAUCAAAUCUGCAAUAAUAAAGAAAUUGUAUUAAAAUGUGUGCCUCCUUCAUUUUACAAGUUAUCAAAAUGUCUCUCUCACUUUUUCGUUGCUGUGCCUUACCCGCAGCCAUAUCAUGAGAAGUCCCGUGAUGCUGGUUUUUGGGAGAUUUCAGAAGUCUACCUUUCCUCUGUUCAGAGAGAGAGAGAUUUACAUAACAUAUUAACUGUUCUACUAAAUGUAACCAAGUAGAGAAAAUAAAUAGUGAUGAGUUUUAGGACUGCUGGUAUCCUAAACAUGAGUUGACUCAUUUGUUUGUGUAUCUUAUGAUACAGUUGUGGUAGUGUUACACAACUUAUGGUUCAUCAGCUGCUGUGAUGAAAAGAAGAGACACAAAAUUAUAGCAAGUAGUGUACAAUACAUCUUAUAUCACUUUCAUUGACAUAUGAUGCGUAAGAUUAUACCAUAACAUAUUGUUGAGCAUUUCAUAACAUAGCGUAGUAGGUUAUCAUCGCCCCCCAUGACCUGACGGCCGCGGUUUAUUGGUUUAUCGCCAGUCUGGUGUGUUAUUGUGACUGAAGGGGGGAGGGAGACUUGGGAGAGUUUGAUUCUUUCCCAGUCCCUUACCCUUCUUGUUCAUAUUGUGGGCCAGUACACAGGGUCCCUGUGUGUUACGUGUAUUACAGUAUGGACCCGGCAUGCCGGUUAUAUUUUGUCGCCUUCCUGUUAUUCUCCUUGUUACGUUCUACAGUUUAUCUGUGAGCAUGCUGUUUCUUAUGGACGUAGGGGCUGGGUUACUCUCCCCUACCACUCUUUGCUGUGAACGUUGAAUUACUGGGAUGGAAGCUGUAGAUAACAUGGAAGGGUAUAGAUAUCCUAUGGCACACAACCACCUGUAACACACAGCUCUCGCAGCAAUUGGCUGGCUAUAACAGAGGUUGUAGUGUGCAGCUACGUACUGGCUUUAUUACACCUAGAAAGUAAAAAUGUGGGCACACUAUAUACAUAAACUGAAAUACCUCCAUAUAUAUCUUCCUUUCCACUCACCAUAAUGAUUAUUUAUAUGUGUGUGUGUGUGUACGUACUCUUUCUGGACUUUCUUGCUGUGUGAAGGGAUCCUUCUAUUAAUCCAUAAUACAGACCGUUCAGUCCAUGACUCCUGCCCUUGACUUUUUUUUUUUCCUAAAAAAUAAAAAAAAUUUUAAAGCCUGUGAGAGGACUGAAACGUCGAAUGAGCUGUGUCUGUGUUGUGUGUUCAUCAGAAGAAGAAAAAAAAAAAAAGCAAGAAGGUUCAUCUUCUGCUGCACAGAGGUUUAUGGGAGUAGCUGCUUUUUACUGAAAGCUAUACAGCUUACCGUUGGCUUGGGGGGGAAAUCACAUUCGAUUCAUCUGUGUUUUGCCCUGUGCAAAUUAGUGUUUUGUAUGAAUUAAACAAGUUGCUGACCGCGCUGAUUUUAAUAGAGCGCCGACGGCGCACCAUGGCACUUGAUGGGAGUUUAUAGAAAACUAUCGUUCUAAUGUUUUGUUUUAAAUUAUGCGCUAAAGCCAGUCUUUAUACAUCUAAAAGUGAGUUGUGGUUUUUUUUACCAGUCAAAGUAGAAAGCGUGCAAUUACUGUUAAUUAUAAUUGUAAUUUUCACACACACACACACAUUAUACAAAUGAUUAGUCUUAAGCAGUUCAAACUGUAUGUGGGAUGCGAUCAUGUAAUCCCAGGAUGGGACGUAUUUGCGACGUAUACCUUUUCCGGCACUUUUUUCCCCAUUCGUUUACCAUGUGGUUUAAUAUUUGUCUUGAUGGUAAGACAUUCUAGUUGUUCGAUGAUGACGCAUUAUUUGCCUAUGUUUAAUAAUAGUGUUCUUAUCUUUAAAAGUUGGAUUGUAAAGCUCCAAUCUUUGUUUGUUCUUCCAGCCUGAAGAGGAGGCAGACCCAGAGGAGAGAGAGAACUUCCUUCAGCAGCUUUAUAAGUUUAUGGAAGACAGAGGUACAGUAUAAUGCAGUGUUUAAAUCCUGCUAUUCAUGUGUGGAAUGAAUUCCUACUUCAAACAGAUCAUAUUUCUGUGAUUUUUUUUUUAUUUGUUGUUGGCAAUGUAUCUAGGUGCAGUUUUAAAACAAUCUGUGACCCAAUUACUCGGUUAAACAAAACUGUCUUUUUUUAAAUAAACAACAUUGUUACAUUCAUCUUGUCAUAUUUCUGUAAAUGGUUUUAUUUAACAAAGAAACAUUGAUGGCAAAUGUCCCUCUUGGUCACAGUUUUCCUAUCUGAAAGCUGUGUCUAGUCUACACAAAGCUACAUAAUUGUACUUCCAAUUCAUUAAAAAGAUUACCAAAACACAAAAUAAAUAUCACUGUUUAGUACAUAUACCCCAAAUGAAAACUUCCAUGUAUUUAAUUAUGCAUUUUUUUCAUUGGGAUAUAGCUAAAAAUGGCUUGUAAAACCUGCAGAUCUCUUCUCUGCAGCCUUUGCAAGCCCUCCCCUUCUAACCCCGCCCAGACUUUGUGGCUGUCCAAUCACAGACUGCCCAAUGCAGCUCAAUGAGAGGUCUUUGAAAGUCCGUUACUCUGGGGCAAUUGCUGCCUCUCGAGUUUAGCUCCACUGACUGGGACCAGUUGUCUGAUUGACAGGCAUGGGGGUGGAACAAGGUUCAUAUAUAAAAGUUUCAAUUUCUAUUAAAGUCUGCACUUUGUAAAAUGAAAAAGAGAAGAUAAAGCUGAAGUGCCUUAGAGAUCUGGAGUGUGUCCCUUUAGUCUUGGGGAGAGGAUGCUGGUUAUAAAUGCAGUAUCCAUUGCUGGUGACAUGUAGAAUGUACCAGUGUACCCCUGUAUUAAUAUAUGAACUUCUCAUCUGCUGUAUGUUACAACACUGAUAUUUGCAUUUUGGGGUUCAUUUUUGUGCCUAGGUAUGCAUGAUUACAAGAUCAGGGUACUUUAAGAGACUUUGAAAAGUUAAAACCAAAUGUAAUCCGAUUUAAACCUUUACUCGCUUUUUGUGUUUGAGCUUUUGUGAUUCUUCUCCAGCACCCAGACUCCUCUUGCCACUUAUGUUGUGUAUUGUUUAUAUAAUAAAUCUGUUUUAGUACAAUCCUAUUGUACACCCGUGUGAAUGUCCAGUUCGGGUGCUAUGAAACAGUAGCCUGUUUAUAUUUCCAAGAGCCCUCCUCCUUGUGUGCUGCAUUGUGGGUAUUAAGUCCCCGGAUAGUUUAAUUACUUAGCCUAUUUGACCUACAGCCAGAUUCAAACCGUGCUUUUAACCCCUUAAGGACCAAACCUCUGGAAUAAAAGGGAAUCAUGACAUGUCACAUGUCAUGUGUCCUUAAGGGGUUAAAACUAUCUUAUUUGUGGAGAAAAUAGUUAUAUUCAUAGAAUAAUUAAAGCAUUCUUUGUAACAAUUUCUAGAAUUCUCCUUUUCCCAACAUGUUACAUUAGUAUGCAAACAUUUGGGCACCUUGACAAAAUAAUCUGUUGUUGAUUGCCAUUAACACUUGCUUGAUAGCGAAAAAAUUAAAUUGCUACAUAUAUACGUUUUAAUGCACCAUUUCUAUAAACUGACUGGGGAAAACACAGUUAACAUGUAGAGCGUAUGUGUGCACCCUGUAGUUACCAUUAACACGAUCUGUGCAGAAAUCACAGCCUCCAGACACUUGUGUUUGCCUAAUCUACCUUACAGAAUACUACUAGUUAAGAAAUAUAAUUUUAACUGCUUCUCACACGCUGUAUGUUUGAGGUCACCCCAGGCAUGUUUAAUAUUAUUCAAGCCUGGGGACUGCGAAGACCAUUUCAAAAUCUUAAUAUUUUGACAUAGUAUAUGUUGAUUUAAGAUGUGAUCUGGAUCAUUGUUUUGUGGAAUAUUUAGCUCGUUUUAAGCUUGAGGAUUUCCAGGAUUGUGGAACAUUAUUAGUUCUUUGGGUUUGUUAAUAUUUAUCAGAAUCCACUCUUCCUUCUACUCUGACCUUAUGUUCUGUGUCACACAACCUCGAAGCAGACUAGAGUAACCCCCUACUUAACAGUUGGAGAUAAAUUUUAAAAAAUAUCUAUAAAUAUAUACGUAUUUGAAUAAAAUACCUUUCUAAGCAUAACGAUUGAGAUUGCAGCCAAAUAUAUGCAGAUUUGACAUUUUGUUUCCACUGCAAAAGGAGUGUUAACAUGUUUGGCUCCAGUUAAAAAAAUCGUUAUUUUGUCGAGGUGCCAACACUUUUCAUACAACCUGUAUAUUAAAGCAAUCAUAACAUCACUCCGUUUGUGCUGCAGCUUCUUACCUGAUCUAUCCAAUGCUGGGUUACACAGCUCUCCUGGGGUUCUAAUGUAAUCUGUAUUUUUUCUUUAUAUAGAAUAAAUGAUUAAUCAUUCUACAAGGUGGGAUUUCUGAAAUUCUUUUCAUGUUAUUGAACAUUGCUUAUUGAAAUGGAAAGUGUUGCUGGCCAGUGCAUAUGUUUGUACAUUGGGAAUUGUUUCUACAAGACUAAAGCACAUUUUUCUACUAUAUACUUAUUAUACAUUUAUUCUGUAUUGCUAUUCUGCACAACCUAACCAGGCCUUUUGGCCUUAAAUUGUAAUCUAUAGAAUAUUUACGUAACUUAAAUUUUUCCUUUUUUUUCCCCCAUAGAGUUUAGUGAAUCUGUAACACUUGCUGAUGUCUACUGUUACUGACCAUAAAUCUCAUUCUGCCCUUUAGAACUAAAAGUGAAUUAAUUUUUACUUGAUAAAACUGUAAUCAAGGCUCCUGGUGGUUGUGUUUUGUGAAGCUGUGGAUUAGGAGAUCUCUCAUCAACCUGAUUUCGAUUUUUCUAUUUUUGCAGUGUCUGCCUCCAGACAUCAGACUGUAGGCUGUCCCUACCCACCGACCUGACCAAGAGACCAUGCCACGGGGGUGCUCGCCUCCCCAAGGCUGUGACUUGUUCUGUAAGUUUGGUCGGUCUGUGUGGGGGCCCUAAAGGUUUCAAUAACCCUCAUCAUUUUAGGGAGACAUCCGUCCUUGGGUAAUACAAGUUACCUGCCUUAACUGCUUCUUUUAUUAGGCUGAUCUCCUCCUCCUUCUUUUCUUUUUUUUUUUUUUCGGGAGCCUUACAAAACAGCUGGCUGCAAUUUCUAGAGAGUAUCAUAUCCUGCUUUUCUCAUCCACAGGAGCAAGAAUGCUUCCAGCUGCCUCCAAAAAUCAAAGGUCAUACCAUAGCUACAGACAGCAUGGUUUUAGUGUUUCUUUUACAUGGAUUUAAUGUCCUUGAACAAACUUUACUGGUAUAAGUAGAGAUUUGUAUUAUUCGUCCUGUUCACUGUCCAUGUUUUCAGUGUGGCUAAAAUAUUUUCUUUUCAACCUCCUUGUCAGCCACCAACUAAGAUCUUAAAAUGACUUUUAUUUAAGGUGUGCGCAUGCUGGGUCUCUGAGGUACUGGCCAUAUGACGUGUACUGGGUAUAUCUGCCUCCCUGCUGGUGUCAUUCCAUCCGUGAUAGCAAAAUACAGUUAUCUUUAUAUUUUCUCUGGAUGUUUAAUUAACACUCAGGUUUCUUUUGUGUCCAUUAGGAACCCCAAUCAACAAGCCACCUGUAUUGGGCUACAAGGAUCUGAACCUCUUCAAACUCUUUAGACUCGUGUAUCUUCAGGGUGGUUGUGACAAUGUAGGUUGAUGGUUUAUUUGUUUUUGUGUUUUAACAAAUGUUGAUGUUUAGAGAUGGCAAUCUUUUUUUAUUUCUCUUUUUCUUUUCAUACUUCAGAUUGAAAGUGGGGCUGUCUGGAAGCAAAUUUAUAUGGACCUUGGAAUUCCAAUUUUAAAUUCAGCAGCAUCCUACAAUGUAAAAACUGCAUACAAAAAGUGAGUAUUACUAUGUAACUGGAAGCGAUGUAUUUUUUUAAACCACAUACUGUUCGAUAAGGCUUGGCACAUAUAUCUAUUAACAUUUCUGUUCUAAUUGUGACCACACUUGUCGCUGUUCUUGCUGCAUGGAGUUUCCAGCUAGUGGAAAGUGUAUCCCUUGCUGUGCUAUAGAUGCGGUGAGAAGACAGUGGUACGUUGGUGUUAUGGUAUCUGUAAUCCUAUGUCUGGCAGGGGAUCGGGGCUGUUACAAACUUUGUAAACCUUUAUAACCUGAACCCCGUAAGAGCUAAUGGCUUUCAAUGGAAUUACGACAAUCUUCUCUUUGAAAAACUUCUGGCGGAAUUUUAUGUUCUGUUUAUUUAGCAUCAGCAGCUCUUUAUAGUCUUGCAAUCACUGAAUAUUAAACAUAGCGUUUGUAAGGACCAGAUUCUUAGCACAAUCGUUAAUUCUUGAUAGGAUAAAAAUAAUCCUAAAAUGAAAUGUCAAGUUCUAUAUUGAUUUUGGUAAUUUUCAGAAAAGUGCACCAUUGCUUCUAUUUCUACCUGCAACACCAUAUUACUAACAUUGGUAAACAGAACACCCUACACCAUUGAUUUUAUUAUUAUUAUUAGCAUUUUAUACCAAACAUUCUGCAGCGCUUUACAAUUUUUAGAUGGGUAUUUUUGAUAAGUAAUUUACAUACAGAAAAUUAACAAAGACAAGAGGUGAAGAAGACCCUCCUCAAACAAGCAUACAAAGGAAAGGGUGGGGUGGGGGUAGUGAUUGAUGGAUAAGAUGUCUGUGUCAAAUAUUUUUAUAGCAAAUAUUCCUGUUCACUGUGCAAUGGGUGAAGGAAAUUUCGAGCAGCACCAACAAAACAUUGAGUUGGUUAGACAGUGUUUAUAAACCACAGAUGUCAUUUACAGAAAUGUUACAGGGAUGCUUAGAUUAAUGGAAGCAAGCAUUUGAACUAUAUUUAUUGUGUAUAGCUACCAAAGGUGAUUAUCAAAUGUUACAGGCUGGGUAUAUUCACAAAGUAAUCACAGUGGGCCAAACUUGGAAUUCCUCUUGUGUGUGCUAAUUGUAUUGAGACUCCAGGCUGAAAAAAUACUUCUGGUUCAGCAGCGUUGUGCACACUGGGGCAUGUAGGGAGAGACAUAUCUUUAAUUGUCAAUUCUGUGAAGCACUUUACAUGGAAACCUAUAGAGUCUACACGAGGCAUGCUCAACCCUUCGGAAGUCAAGGGCCGCUUUAAAAGUUUGGUAUGCAUCAUGGGCCACACUAAAGGCAAGAUUCUGUUAAUGAGAACACUGACUGCUUAUUCAUUUAUUUUUAUUUUUUGUACUAAUAAUUCAAUGUUCUAUUUCUGUGGUAGCUAAUCAUGCUCCAGAUAAGUCAGUCAUUUUUAUCCUCCGUGACUUGGAGUGUUUCAAGUGCGUGUGCAGUUUUAGUAAAUAACUGGCUAAUUAUGGGUUACUAGUGGCAUUACAGAACUGUUAACAGCUGGCUGAUUUGUCAUUUCUUUACACAUCGUGUGCUUGUUUCAAGGUAUCUUUAUGGAUUUGAGGAGUACUGCCGUUCUGCGGACAUUCAGUUUAGGACAAUUCAUCACAAUGAUCCUAAACCAGUAAAAGAGAGUGAGCCAGAAGUAAAACCAAUGGAGAACACUGACACAGAGGCCAUAGCACUUCCAGUAGUAGACGUGAAGGAAGAUGAUGAGACCGAUUCUAGCAGCGAAAAUGGAAGAGAGGACACAGAGAUUAAAACACCAAGGGUAUGGUUUUACUGACACAAAAGUGUAGAUUAACCAUAAAGUUUAUUUAUUACUACAAAUGAUACAACUAAAUAUGUUUAAUCUUCUCUAAAGCGGAAUAGUGAUUAUCAAAGCUCUGUAUAGUUGCCAUAGUUUGCACUUUGUGUUAAACCCUUUUCAGGAGACUUAAGUUAUUUAAAAUAUUGAUUUCUUAUCUGCAGUUAUGCAAUGUCUUCUUCUGUCUGUUAUUGCUGCAAAAAGUCUGGCACAUUUACGGGGAAGUAUCAAACGAGCAUUAGGAAGAGAUGGUUUGAACAAUCUAGCGAUUAGCUGGAUACAUCAAACAGCAGAACUCUAGAAUUAAAACCAGGGCAUUGAUUAGAAAUGGGUUAAAUAGAAUAGAUUAAUAGCAUACCACUGAUUACUAAUAAAUAAAGACUUCUUUGUAAAAAUAAAGUGGGUAACAAUUAUUAUUAAUUUUAAAAAACAAAUGAUAUUUCUUUUUAUAACGUGUUCUUUUAUUUUAAUUGAUUUUAAUUUCACGUUAAAAGCUGUAAGUCAAAAAUCUUUUGACAAUAAUUUCUGUGUCCCCCAGGGGAGGCGGAGACCAAUUACUACUGUUCCUGUGGUAAAUGAUCCUGAAGAAAGCGAGAAGCGCCAAGACAGCAACAAGGAAAAUAAAGAUGUCGAAGAAGACCUUGAACAAACUGAGGACAAAAAGGAAAAUGAAAGCACUCCAGGACGAAGGAGCUUACCCUGCAAACCAAAAGCAGAACGCAAAAACCAGAAACUGGAGGAGUCUGAGCAGGAAUCCGAUGAUGAUGAUGAUGAUGAUAAAGAGAGUGACAUGUGAGUUAAGACAUGCAUGUGUGGUUUUAUAGUAGCGUCAGCCAACAGGUAGUUUUUGUUUGGUUUUUCCAGCUGUUUUGGAACUACAACUCCAGUGAUGCUUUGCCAGUCAUCACCAGAGGCACAGUUCCACAACACCUGGAGUGCUCUUGGCAAAGGCAUUGUGGGAGGUGUAGUUCAACAGCCGAUAAGCAACCUGUUGGAUACCCCCUUUGUUUUUUAGGAGCCUCGGUAAGUGAUUCCAAAAUGUAUUAUCUGAAAAUUAUAUUCAUUCACAUCCAUGCAAUGGCAUGGAAGCAGGAAAACAAAAUUUGCUUCCGAUUGGCUAUUGACUAUCUAAAAUGUAGACCUGAUUCCUAGUCUAUGACUGUAAUUUGCAUUGUAGAUCAAAUCACAAAGUUUGUUUAUAUUGAUAAUAAAUGCGCACACACAAUCAGUUUAUAUUGUGGUAAGUUUGGCACCAGUAGAAAGUAGGUUUGUUUGUUUUUUUGAGUUUUGUUGGGGGAGGGAACAGCUAUUGGAGGGAGUAAGGUUGAUGGUCAAUUCCUCAUGAGGUUACUGCAGUUGGGCUGGUGAUUGGGGAUUCUUUUAAAUUUAGUAAAUAACCUUUUAAGGGUUCAUUAAUUAAGCAGCAAGUUGACAUCUGGGUUGCAAUAUUUAGGCCAAAAUUGCCAAACUAGGGGGGAAAAUCCAAUUCACCUAACCUAUUUUGGCCCAAAUUUUGCAACUCUGUUGCCAACUUGAAGACCGGAUUUCCAAGGACCUGUCAGCAUUGUGACCUUUGUAAUUUCCAGACGAGAAGAAAUGGAACACAAAGGGGAUACUGAAGAGGAGGAGGACUCAGAGGAGAGAGACUGCCUAGCGGGCACCAAAGUAAAGGUUAAAUAUGGGCGGGGGAAGACCCAGAAAAUCUAUGAAGCAAAUAUUAAGAACACUGAAACUGAUGGUGGAGAUGUGUUAUACCUGGUGCAUUAUUACGGCUGGAACGUCAGGUAAGCGGGCAGGGUGUAUUAUGAUUGUGUGUCUGCAUUUUCCAUAUAGAACCUAGUGAUUUCCUUUCCAUGAUCACUAGCUGUUGAAGGUGCUGUUCCACCAUGAAAAUACAUUAUGUGAGUGGUCAGGCAUGUUAAGCUGGUAUCUGGUGUUAUUAACAAAAACUCCAGUAUUAUUCUUUUCUUUAACGCAUGGCUAAUAAGCAGGGCUGCUAUCGAGAGGGUACAAGGCACAUUAGCAGAAACAAAUACAAAAGGGAGUGUCGCAAGACCACAAGGAGCAGUGAAGACUAAAAAAGAACAAAAAGAGACUAAAAAACAGAGAAGCAAGGUGAAAGAACAUGGGAGGCCUCAGUAGUAUAAGGUUUCAAAAUAGUACAAGAAGAGAACAGAGCGAAGGAAAAGGACAGAUGUUAUCAUGGGAAAACACCAGGACACUUGUGGAAGGGUUGUAGUGAUUUAUAGUUUUUGGACUGAUCUUUUAAUGGAUGGACUUGUCGAUAUCUAUUUAGGGCCCCCUGAAUAUCUCAUAGCAUUCCAGACUACCAGCUCACUUUAAUCAGAUAGUAAUGGAUAGGAUAGUAGUGAACUGAUUUUUGCUUGGCCAUUCAUAUCUAAUGGUUUGUGAUCUUCGCUUAAAUAAAUUUAAUGCGUAUGGUGGAUUUAACAUGGUUGGUGGAAUAGCACAUUUAACUGCCCAAUAACCUAUUUGGUUUGGAUCAAAAUAAUGGAAAAGUAACAUUAUAAAGUAAUAAAUUGAUAUAACCCAAUAAUGCCCUCAUUUUGAAAACGAAAGCCUAGCAUUCUGCCUAUUUCCAUUGGUGGUGUCCAACAGGCAUUUUACACAUCAUAACAUUGCGAUAAGCUGAUUAGCUGAACCUCACCUUGAAUAUAUUGUGGAUUCCAUUUUUCUUCGUACCGAGCCAGCCUUUACGCUCCAAGAGUAGAGGUUGGAAAUUGACUGCUGUUUUCUUUUGGUCAUUAAAGGACCACUAUAGUGCCAGGAAAACAUACUCGUUUUCCUGGCACUACAGGGUCUCUAGGUCCCCCCCACUCUCUGGACCUUCCUCCCGCAGGGCUCUAGGGGGCAGAAGGGGUUAAUCCCUUACCUUUUCCCCCGCCAGGCUCCCUCGGCGCUGGGAACUCUCCUCCUCCUUUUCGCCCUCAUCGGCUGAAGGCGCAUGCGUGGCAAGAGCCACGCGCGCAUUCAGCCAGUCCAUAGGAAAGCAUUCUCAAUGCUUUCCUAUGGACGCUGGCGUCUUCUCACUGUGAAAAUCACAGUGGGAAGCGCCUCUAGCGGCUGUCAAUGAGACAGCCACUAGAGGCUGGAUUAACCCUAACAUAAACAUAGCAGUUUCCCUGAAACUAUGUUUACAGUAGAAAGGGUUAAUCCUAGAUGAACCUGGCACCCAGACCACUUCAUUAAGCUGAAGUGGUCUGGAUGCCUAUAGUGGUCCUUUAAACGAAGUUCUGUAAAGAAAAAAAACAUGCAUUUUUACAUUGUUUACAUUGUUUAUAACAUUAUUAAACUAAUAAAGCUUGUACUCCAAGACAGAAAUCACAACACAGGUGCCAAUAUGCCUCUAUUCAUAAAUCAGCCUAGCCUUUUCUUGUUGAGCACCUAAAUUCAUGAACUGUAAACCAUUUCUUCAUUUGGGAUAUAUGUCAUGUGUAACAAAAUAGGAUCUGCACAACACUGUCAGUAGACUAUUUAAUGCAUAAAGAGGUCUCAAUCAUAUUGGGGGUGACUAUGCUGCCAUAAUAAACCAUUUACAGGAAGCGGGUAUCUGGAGCCUGACUAAUGUCUUGAAUAUGUUGCUCAUUCUAACACCCCCUGAGAGCCCAAUAAAAGAGCACGGAGACCUCGUUUUUGAUUCUCAUUCUGAGGUUAAGAGCUGUUUGCAAAUAUAGAGCACUGUUUUAAAGGAGCACUAUAGGGUCAGGAACACAAACUUGUAUUCAAGCCUGAAACUGCUGGCUUUGUCCCUGUUUCCUUUUGACCUGCCCACUGCCUGCUGACAUCAUUAGAAGUGGUAGCCUGAUCCAAUCACAAUGCUUUCCCAUAGCAUUGGCUGAGACUGACAAGGAAGCAGAUCAGGGGCAGAGCCAGCACGAUUCAAACACAGCCCUGGCCAAUCAGCAUCUCCUCAUAGAGAUGAAUUAAAUCAAUGUAUCUCUAUGAGGAAAGUUCAGUGUCUGCAUGCAGAGGGAGGAGAUACUGAAUGUUUGGAUGCAUUUUAGGCAGCCAUGACCCAGGAAGGAUCUCUAACAGCCAUCUGAGGAGUGGCCAGUGAAGUUAUCACUAGGCUGUAAUGUAAACACUGCAUUUUCUCUGAAAAGACAGUGUUUACAGCAAAAAGCCUGAAGGUAAUGAUUCUACUCACCAGAACAAAUUCAAUAAGCUGUAGUUGUUCUGGUGAAUAUAGUGUCCAUUUAAUAUAAAUAAUUUUCACUGUUUUCACUAGAAAAUGUAAUGCACUCUCUUCCAGGUAUGAUGAAUGGGUGAAAGCUGAUCGAAUCAUCUGGCCUUCCGACAAAGGUGGACCAAAAAGAAAACAAAAGAAAAAAGCUAAGGUGAUUAUGGACUAUACUUUGUUUUGUUUAUAAUUCAUCAUGCAGGAUCUGCAAAUACUGUUCAGUAUGAGAAGUAAAAUAUGAAUGCAGCCAUACAUUUGGAGGAAAUCCUUCUAGACUAGACGACUAGACUGGAUCAAGACUAAACUUUUUUGCAUAUUUGUGUUUCUGUUCUUUGUUUCUUUUAUUGCAAAACCAAAACUGCUCCUAGGCUUGCAUAAAAGUAGGAUAAUUUAUUGAAUUGCUUUCAAAGUACCUUCCCCUAUUUACAUAUGUUAAUACAGGUUAAUCUCAUUGUGUUUACAGAAUAAAGAUGAGAAUGAAAAGGAGGAGGAAAAGCAGAAAUCUAAACGUGGGCGUCCUCCCUUAAAGUCAACGCUUCAGUCCAACCUGGCCUGCGCUCUAGCAAAAUCUCUAAUUAGUGAAGGCAAAAGCUCCAUAAAACCCAUGCGAACCAGCUUGCCUGAAAACACUUCCUUGUCAAAUGGGUUAGAAGGUACGUGUUUUAGAAUUAACAAUGUUAAUAACUUUUUUAAUUAAUUGCAAAUUCUGUUUGAUUAUAUUCAGGUAAUUGGUGCUAUUAAUAGCAUAGAUCAUUUUUAUUUAAUUUUUUCUCAUUUCAAUUUACUAAAAUUAGGAGCACUUCGGAGGAGGACAAGAAGGAGUUCAGGGGCGUAUGAUUCUGAUAGAGGUUCAAACGGUGAGUUGUCAUAUUUGUUCUGUUUAUAUGUAAUGGUGUCGGGAGUGACUAGUCCUCUUAAGUUGCUGGACUGCCCAUAAAUGAAUUAUACAAAGCCAGUUUUUGCUGAUUGUUUCAUGCCAUGUGUAUUGCCAACCUGUUCCUUCUUUGGUGCUCUCAUACACCAUUUACACCAUAGCCAUUACAAUGAGCUGUACUGGUUAUGGUGCUUACAUUUCUGCUAUAAAGGACAUCUGUCAAGCCCCCCAAAAAACGUAUGUUCAUUAAAUUGCGCAUUAUGUUUUAUCUAUACAUUGUGCAAGCAGUUUUGCUAGGAAAUGUCUAGAUUCGGAGAAUAGUUUUUUCUCCAAGCUGUCCAUCAAUGCCUCGGCGUGCCAAGGCAUUGACUGACAAGGGAGAGCAGAAAAGACCUCCCACACGACACCCCUCUGCUCGCCUCCCAUAGAAACUGCAGCGCAUGUGCUGCAGUUGUUAUGGAAACUCCCUAGCUGGCACUUCUAGCAAUAAAGCCAGCGUGCCAAUUUCGCUGACAAGAUUUGCCCUGCUUGGGGAUGUGUCUCAUGCAAGGCAAAUCAAAGAACAGAGGCGGAGUGGAAGACAGCCAGGAGGUGUAUUACACGAAGAGUAACAUCCAUGAAGCUGAGCAGGAACAGAGGAAAAGUGUGUAAAUCUUUCUAUUUUACAUUGAAUGCGCUAUGUAUCAUUGUAUAUAUGGUGUAUUCAAUGUAUAUGGAAGCGAUUUAAGGCAAGUCACAUUUUUUCUAUUACAGGUUUACUUUAAAUACAACUGACCGUUUGGUAUGUAGGGAUAAUCAUGUAGAGUACGCGGGUAUAGACUAAUUUAGUGAAGUUACUCAUUAAAGGACCACUCAUUAAAGGACCAAACUCGUUUUCCUGGCACUAUAUGUUCUUUAGGUCCUCCCCAUCCUCAGGGUCCCACUCCCGCCGGGCUCUAGGGGGAGGAAGGAGUUAAUCCCUUCCCUCUUCGACCGAAUGCACAUGCGCGGCAAGAGCGCGCACAUUCAGUCAGACCAUAGGAAAGCAUUCUCAAUGCUUUCCUAUGGACGCUUGCGUCUUCUCACUGUCAAAAUCACAGUGAGAAGUGCGGAGGCUCCUCUAGCGGCUGUCAAUGAGACAGCCAUUAGAGGCUGGAUGUAAACAUAGCAGUUUCUCUGACAGGGUUAACCCUAGAUAGACCUGGCACCCAGACCACUUUAUUGAGCUAAAAUGGUCUGGGUGCCUAUAGUGGUCCUUUAACUCCAAGUUAGAACUGCAAGUGAAGCCAGCAAAGUAUUUGAAAAUAUUUUCCACAUCUUUAUAGCCAUUAACCUAAUCAAACCGCAGCAUCCCACUUUUGCCAUCUGAAUUAUUGGAAGUUAUGCGAACUACAAGAGAUGCUACAUAAAUGACUGAAAUUGGGAACCACCGGUAUUCCAUUCCUGGAUAUAUUUUGUUUAUUUUAUUAAAUCUGCAGUUUAUUUUGAACUCUAAUUGUAGUGUCUUAUAUUGGAUUGGAUAUUCCAAAUGUGAGAGCUCUUGUUAUCCAAUACCCUCCCAUCCCUGCAUAUAUGCAUGCAUUGUAAAGAGAUACAAACUAAAAUGGAGCUAUUAAGUCACAUUUACUUUCUGCUCCUGGGCUAUCUUCACCCAUCAGAGUUGUUCUGUAAUAGCAUGUCCUGCAUAUCCGGUUCAUUUUAAUAUUUGAAUUAUAUUCUGUUUAGAUGGAACUUGUAUUUUGGGAAUAAAAGGCAAAUAAUCACUAAAUCUGUUACAAAAUACUACUUGAUUCACGUUCAAACCUCUUUUCUUUCUUUAAUUAGAGUCAAGCACAUCUGAAAGCGAGUCCGAGGAGAUCACUGAAAAGUCACCCGUGAAAGAGACUUUUCUGCCAAAGGUUGAGACAGAAUCUGAGAAAAGUGACAACCUGGUUGAAAAUAGCCUUGAGGAAGAAACUCCCGAGCCCAUUUGCAUUUCAAAAGAUCCAGAAAUGAGCCCAACAAAGCCAGCUGAAACUUUAAAACAAGAAGUGGAGGAGAGUGAACAAAUUGUUCAGAUUUAUGGGAAACAAACUGAACAAAUCGAAGAAAUAAAACAGGAGCCAGAGAUUCUGCCAAAGCCUAAAGGGAGGCGAAGCAAGACAAAAGACCCUCCUCAAGAGAACACACAAAGUUUGCCUGUCACUCAGGAAGAUAUAUUUGUGGAGCCACAACCGGAGCUUGAAACACUAGACUUUCCUUCACUACAAAGUAAGGACUUGUCGUUCUCUACUAAGGAAGUAGACCUUCCAAUGGAGCCACUGAUAAAAGAGAAAAAAGGUUUAAAGAGGAAGCCACUGGAACAAGCAUCUCCAGAGAAGAAGGUUCGCACCGAAUGCCCAUCAGAACUGCCCGUUAUUGUGGCAGAAGAGCAACCUGCUGAAAGUAAUGAGACUCAGGAACACUUUAAUACCAUCAGCGAAGAACGGCUUCAGAAUGUAAAUGAGGAAAUGCCUUCUCUAAUAGCUGAGCUGGAGCAUGUGGCCACCACUAGGACUGGGGAAACAGAAACGCCACUGAAUGAAAUCACUAACCUGUCCUCCAAAGAGGAAGAACACGAUGUAAUGCCAAUGAUUGGUCCAGAGACAUUGGUUUGCCAUGAAGUAGAUUUGGACGAUUUUGAUGAGAAGGAGAAAGUAGAGGAUGUUGUCAUGGAGAAGCCUGAGCCUGAGCCACAAACUAUUCAUCCGCCUGCACUGCCCCCUGCAGUCCAGCCUCUGAAUUACUCUGUGGCUUCUCCCCUUGCACUUAGUCACGACGAGUCUCACAGUAUAAAGAGUGAGAGCGAUAUAACCAUUGAAGUAGACAGUGUUGCAGAAGAAUCACAGGAAGGCCUGUGUGAGAGCGAGUCUGCAAAUGGUUUUGAAGCAAGCACUACUUCUAGCAACUGCAGUGUAACUGUUCAGGAAGCUGACCUGCGUGAAAAAGGUAAUUUAACACAAUUCUUCGUUUUGAACGUAUUGGGUUGUGCUGUUUUUGUUUUUUAAUAUAAUACUGAAGUUGUUGCAUACCAAUUGUCCCUAGAGCAAUUGUUCAUCCAGCUGUGUGAAUUCCUGUAAUCUUUCUCCUGUUAAGUUAGUAGAGGCCUAGUCUAUAGUGAGAUAAUAUGUGGGGCAGUGAGGACCCCGAUUCCAUGAACUCAGUCUAAACUGUCUCGCUACAGUGGUGAUCUGUAUGUGGGAACCAUAAGGGUGCAGCAUCACAGCAAACAUACAUGUCAUAAAAUUCAGCCAAUAGAAAACUUACAUCAUAUUUCUUGUUAGGGGAAAUGAUGGCUUGCACAGGUUUUCAUGGAUACAUAUUGCUGUCACACAGAAUACAUGUGGCAAGAUCAGUGUGUGUUUAUUCCAUAAACGGGUCAUUGUGGAGGAUUGACAUGGGUAUUCCCUGUGUAAUUUGUUUUAAUGUGUUUUGGAUGCAAUGCUAUAUGUUAACUUGUACAUCUAACAGUAAAGAUUUCUUUGUGAUUUAGUUACUCGCCUGAGUAACGGGAGCAAUGGUUGCCGAGUGUAUCUUUAUAUGGUGCUUUCAUUUUCACACUUUUCUAAAGCCAGAUUUCUAGUAUGCAGAGACGCUGCUUCAACAUGCCUCUCUUAGGGCAAUUAUCCUGCUUACAAAUUACAUUUGCAUACCUUAUACACUUUCAUUUUGCUACAUGGUAAUUGUAUCCCAUCAUUUGUGGAGAAAGUGAAAGAUCUUCUCAUGCAUGUCCCCCAAAUUGAAGCAAGAAACAGAGAAGAGGGGUAGGGGGCUGGGAAUUCUGCGCCUACCGGAUCUGAUGUAUAACUCCAGCCUUGCACAUUUUAGUAUUCUCUGUAUCCAUCACAGUCAGUGUUUCCAUGUUAAAAAAAAAUAUAGACAGAAUAAGCUGGCGCAACAGGAACUAAACAAAAUAUUACUAUAAACGAGUAUUAAAAUAUUGCAGCAACCUACAAGGAGUAUAGAUAUAGGAAACCCCCAAAAUACAAAUAUAUAAAACCAAAGUAGUAGGUGCGCAAAACAAUAUGAGAAAUAGCGACCAGGAAUCUAUACACUCUGUCUAUGUUUCCAUUCCUGGUCGUCAUUUCUCAUAUUGUUUUGCGCACCUACUACUUUGGUUUUAUAUAUCAGUGUUUCCAUGUAACAAAUUUAAAAAAAAAAUAGAGCAGCGCUAUAUAUAUAACUGAACAAAAAUGGUAUCAGCAGCACCUGAAAGUGGGAGAUUCCCUCUAAAGACCCCUAUCAGCAAGCAGCAAAACCUGUAUGUGUCUUUUAAAUGUAUUUUAAUAUAUUGUAUUUACUAUUUGCUUUUGGUGCAUCCUGUACUCCAUUUUGAAUUGGUGUUUCUAUGUAAGCCUGCAUUAUGUUCUGCUCCUUUUUAAGACCUUAAAAUGUGCUUACAAAGCAUUUGAGCCCUCUAAAAUUUAGAUUUGAUCCCUUGUAAGUAGACAUGUCUUGCCUGGAUUAACCAGAAGUUAAACAUUUUAUUAAUGUUUAGCAUGGUGCGUUUGGAUUAAAGCUAUAUUGGUUGGAAUGUUAUACUCUGUCAUUUCUUUCAUCUAGGUCAUAAGCGGGUGAGUGAAAGCAACGCUGGGUCCCUAGCCAAGAAGCAAAAGCGGACCCCAAAGCGACUCAGUGCUGUAUCGAAAAGUGAAAAGAAUGGAAUAGGUAAGCUGUACACGGUGGUUAGAUAUUUUAAUUUUUUUUUAUUUUGUUUAACCACAAUUGGUUGUUCAGUUAGUAAAUACACAAUUUAUGUUUAAAAAUGACUGCGCAAAAGCCGGAAAGCUGUUUGUUAUUCAGUAAUGUGUGGAUUGUCAGUAAUUCAAAGUAAAUAUAACAUUUUUGCCCAAAAUAGCCGUACUAAAAGCACACCUGACUUGGGGAUUUUUAAAAAUUUCUAUUUUUUUUACAAAUUCAGCUAUUUUACUGUAAUACUUAAAAUGAUCUUUUGUUUGAUUUCUUCCUUGUAUUCCCCGGUAUUUGAUUUGUAAUCUUUUCCUGCAAUGUGUAACUGUUGGACUAUCAAUCAGAACGCUCUGUUUAUGUUUAAUUUUUUAUUUUUUUCCUUCUGUUCACAGGACAAAGUAGUGACAGUGAAGACCUCUCUGUGCUUGAUAGUUCGAAUAAAUGUACUCCAGUUAAACAUAUCAAUAUAGCUAAGCCACAGAAGAUCGCAAGGUCUCCAGCAAGGAUCACUUCUCCACACAUUAAAGAUGGCGAAAAAGACAAACAUCGAGAAAAACAUCAGCACUCAUCCCCUAGGGCGUACAAGUGGACAUUACAGCUUAGUAAGUAUUUAUUUUCAAACUUUUUAGUCGUACAAAGUGUUGACUAUACUUGCAGUGUUAAUUACAAAAAAAAUAAUUAAAGCCCUGUAGUCCCAGAUGCACACAGUAACAAGUGUGUGAUAUAAAGGCAGAUGGGGUGGGUGUAAUGUCAUUAUAGGACACGUACUGUACGAUGACCUUUACUUCUGUAAUGUUAAUCCUUGCUUAACUGACCUGGUGCCCCUUUUGUUUCUAGGUGAACUCGAUAACAUGAGUGGCACAGAGAAGAUCGUCUUUCUCCAAGACAAGCUGCAGGAAAUCCGAAAAUAUUACAUGUCUCUGAAGUCUGAAGUUGCUACAAUUGACAGGAGGAGAAAACGGUUAAAAAAGAAAGACCGAGAAAGUGAGCCCUUGUAUUUUUGCAUGGUUUUGUAAUAGUGCAUAAAUUAUAUGUAUGUGUAUAGAAUAUUUAACAGUAUGAACUUUAGCAGGACCUUUGGCGAGUGAAAAUGUAGCUCCUGGUGAGACAUGGAGCCUUCUGGCUUUCAGUGGCUAGUAACUGUUAAAGCCUGGCUAGUGGCAUAGGACUUGAAAUUAUAAGCCCUGAACUUUAGCAUAAAGAGCUAUAAGAGCGCCCAUACUGUCACUUACUGUUGUACAGAUAUAGGUGGUGAUGUCAUGAUACCUAUUGCAGUGAUAAGAGAUGGACAUGUAGAGUGGCUGGUGGGAUAUUUUGGUGCUCAGUGUUCCUUGAAUGGGCUCUGGGUGUCUUUGCUAGACAGAGAAUUGUGAUGAUAGGCAUGGAAUUGUGGAUGGUCCAUCAAUUCCUACACCUUCUGUGUCCUUCUACAAUGGAACGUGUGUUCUAGAAACUGAUUUUCUUUUAUGUUGUUUUCACAGUGUCCAAUACAGGAGCAUCCAUGUCUUCAGCAUCCUCAGAAACAGGCAUGAGCCCGUCCUCUUCUUCACCCCCACAGAACACACUUGCUUUGGAGUGUAGGUGAUACUCAACCUGUCAUCCUUCCAGCAUUCUGCUGCCAUGGACACUUAAACUCAUUGUCCCCUCUGUAAUACAACCACACAAAGCACUCAACCGGUUUUACAUUGCCAAGUAUUUUUUUUCUUUAAAAUCUCCCUCUGAUGAAUUCCCUUUUUCAUACUUUUUUUUUAUUUAAUUAUUAUUAUAUUCUUAUUAAAUAAGACGAUUAGAAAGUAGAAGACUAACAUUCAGUGUGCCACAAUGGUUUUCUUGUUUUUGUCCAAAAAGUAUGACUUUUUUUUUUUUAGCGAAUUGACAUAUGUCUGAGUAAUUUUUUCAGCAGACCUAUCAAAUACCCACUUAACAAAAGGGGAAAAAAGCAAGUGUAUAUACCAAACGUUAGAGUGCUAGCAAGGAUAAUUCUAAUAGCAGCUGCACUUUUUUAAUAGGGCUGCUUUUUAGCUUCUGAUAUAUAGAAGGCUUUUUUUUUCGGGGAAGCACUUGCUCUUAAGAGAACUGCCAAAGUCCAUUGUGUUCAGCAGAGUGCCCAGUUUUAAAGCUGUAAGCAAGACAAAAUAAAUUGUGAAAGGGACUGUAGUUGACUGAAAAGUACAUUUAUAAAACGUCUUCCACUUUUUACAGGAGUUUAGAGCACAUGAUUAUGCAAAUAUUUUAAUGUUUAUUAAUGUUUACAGUGGAAUUGUGAGUACGUUUUCAGUUGACUAUCUUUUCCCUUGGCAAAUAUAUUUUGUCUUUUUCUAUGUAAUUUCAGAGUUUUUAUUUUGUUACAAAAAAACAAAAAGAAAAUAUAUGACAACAGCGAAGUUAUUUAACAAGAUUUCUAAAGCUGAAAUUUUUUGUUUCCUUUUUUCAUGUUUUUUUUAUUUUUUUUCUGUAAAAUACGGUAUUAUCUUGCAACUUGUUAAAUAUAUUUAUUCAGACAUUGGAUGUUGUAUUUUUAUGUAUUUUUUAAAAUAUUAAUAAAAAAAACAAAAAAAACACGAAAGAUAAGCAAAGGGUUUAGUUCUCUCUUCCAACUGUAGCUCUUAAGGUGAUUUCUGCGCUUUGUUUUACAUCACUGAAUUGCUAAUCCCAUGUUUCUGAAACUUUGGCAGUCCUUGAACCGAACUUCUUUGCAGGACUUUUUGUUAUUCAAAUGGCCCUUCCAAGUUUAAUUUUAAUUUUGCUUUACUGCCGAAUUCAUUUAUCUCCUAAAGUUGAGAUGCAGCAUUACAGCAAAGCACCUAUGUAUACAAGAAAUAUGGAUUGUUCUGUAGGACAAUACAUUUUGUAAAUAAUCCUUCCUGAAACCUGUAUUUAAAACAGUUUUUACAUAUACAUUAUGUACAAAAGUGAUUUUUUUAUCAAUUUUUAUUCAUGUUUGUACAUUAAAAAGGGUUUUUUUAUCCCUUCUUCUGUGUUUAAUAUGCUGUAGACUUAUCUAGACCAGUGUUUCUCAACCAUCUCCUUGGGAUGCCCCAAUCAGGCUGUGUCUUGGGGACAACCAGUUUAACCGCACAUUCACAUAUAAAAUCAGUACAAAUGUGUUUUUGUAAUCUUCGGCUAUUUUCGGCAACCUUCUUUUGCUGCUAGAUGUGCCGUCAGUAAUCUGGGCACUUUUAGCAGUGAAGGGUUUAUCGUUUGUUGUUUUUAUUCGUUCAUUUCGGUUUGGCUGGGGUGUGCAGAGAAUAGGGGUGAGAAACCGCCCUAGAUUGUAUAUCCGAAUACUGUGUUCACAAGAGCUGAUAGUUUGAGCUAAACACUAGCGAUGGAUAGCGUUACUAAAAUCAAUGUAUUUUCUUUUUUGCCGCAUUGUGAAGUUUUGUGAGUCUGAUUCCUUCCAGCACAGAUUUAACUCCUUGGCUGCCACAGGGGUUAAAGAAAAAGCACUCCUGUAAUAUGCACUUUUUUCUGUCUUUCUAAAGCAACGCAGAGUUGUGUGUGUAAACAGCGCUCAUUAAAGAGCAUCAAUAAAGGCCAUGGUUUAAACAUAGCUAUUUUUUGCUAUUUCAAUUUAUUUUAUUUGUUCGUUUUUAACAGAAUGUAUUCAUUAAACAGAGCUUAUUCCUACAAGUUUGUGUCAUCCAAACAUUUUAUACAAAUUGAAGAGACUUAAGCCGCAUUGAGAAAUAAAAUAUUUCUAUAAUAGAAGCAACAUUUAAAUAUGUAUCUUGUUGAAGAAUAAAAUGGCGUGUACAAUUAAAGAUGCUUGCUGUUUAAUUCUAAGCAGAAUGUCUCCCUGCUUCAGUGCAAAGCAUGCAGGCUGCACUGCUAGUUACUACAUCCAACUGGUGUCUU